AUGGUAAGGCCAUUUCUCUUCUCGUAGCAAAUACUGGUUUCAGUUUGAAAGCAUGUAAAGCUGUGCUCGUCGUUUGCUUAUUAUUGUAAUGAGGGAUCUAGGUCCUCAAUGCUUGUGGUUUAAAUGUUUCAUGGUUUGUUUGUUUUUAAAUGAAAACAUUGGCCAGGUUGUGCUUUGUAUUGUAUUUUGAGGAGCAAUUAAAGAUUAUGGAUUUGGUCCUGCUGUCACUUGUGUGUGGCUGAGUUCCACUGAUUCAGCGGGACGUAUACAUGAGUACCUAUGCAUGGGAUUGUAGUCUAUAAUAACCUUGUUACAAUGUAUGACCAAGGUAAUUUGGCUGUUGAAAAGUGGCCUUCUACUAUCUCUGAUCCCUGCAUAAGACAAACUGGUAAUAAAGAAGAAGACGACUUGUCUGGCUUUUCUGCUGUGUUAGACUUGGAUUCUACAGAUACUAGACAGGUAAAGAAAGUUUGUGGGUGGUCACCACUCAACUUUAUGACAAUGAAACCAUUUCCACAGCCAUUUUCUCAGCACAAUUACUUGCAGGCUACAUGUGCAGCUGUAAUUGCAUGGAAAAAGUAUUGCGUGAGCCAUCGGUACACUAGUCCCCCGUUGCAGCAAUUUCCACGAUUGCGGCAGUACUUUGUGCUGUCACUCCUGUGGAGGAAAUCACUGCAACGUGCGUUUGUGAACUUUUAGUAAAUGCGAUGUUUCUCCCUACAUGAUCAUAUGCUUGGAGGUAGCGAGUGUACAGCAAGUGACAAUACACUGAAACAACAAAACAUCCCUAAGCUACAAAAGCAAUCUAACAUUAGCAACUAUGCACAGUAGCCCAUUCAAAUGACAGCUCUGAGGACUGAUGGGGUGUGUAUAGGAGGCAGCAGGUCACCAGAUUGUAGAAACAGUGGGAUUUUCCUCUUUAGGAGUGGAACCUUAAGCAAACUUACGACAAACUCAGACUCAUUGAAACCAAGUAGGUUUCUUUUUGAUUGAGCUGAAGGUUCCCUUGACGUAAAAAUAUAUCAUUCACACCGAUGGAUGCCUGUUGUAGUAGCAUUUUGUUACUAUAAUUUCUGGACAUCAAUAUAUUUUUGAUUGGCUGGACAAGUCAGACAAAAGUUGGAAUACCUGAAAUAUUGAUAAGACAUUAUGUAUGUAUUGUCCUGAGGAAUCACAGUGUGAGCAUGGGGGAGAAAGACAUGAAGCGAAACUCCUUUGUUUGGACAGUCAGUGCAUGAGUAAUAAAGACAGCAUAGAGGUGUUUUGUAAGAGAAUGGUUGCAGUUGUGUUGCAUCCUUUGCUGGCACCCGGGGCAUGUGCGCAUGCAUGCACAUGUACUGGGCAGGACAGGGGGCAGGGUGAGGAGGGUGAACAAAAUCGGCUGUGCCAGCCCAGCACUCAGCACUGACACCAUGGAGGGUUUGUGGGGCUGCUCUGCGCCGCUUGCCUGCCUGCCCACACAGGGCGGCCAUUCAGCAAGGGGGCCGGGGACAUGGUGGCAAGACAAGGCCAGAGGCCCCGAGCGGCAGGCAGGGUGGAACAGGGAUCCCUGAAUGGGUGUGCCUGGUUUACAAAAUUGUGUGCCAGGGGCUACAUCCUCUGUCCCCCCCCCCCAUGCUACAUCCCUGACUGGUUGUGCCUUGCAGAAUCUGGAAGUGUUCAAAUGUACAAGUCAAAUAGUGACCCAGAUGAUGACAUGGUGUGGUUACAGACUGGGGCAGAGGGUCAGAAGUUAUCAGAGCAGGAGAAAUAAGGGACAGAGCAGAAUGGUGUAAAUAAAUAAUAAAUAAAUAUUUUUUAAAUUUAUACCCCGCCCUUCCCGGCUCAGAAACCGGGCCCAGGACGGCUAACAACAAAUUUUAAACACUUAAUUGUGAUACAACAAAAAACAGCAUAAAAUACAGUAUAAAAGCGUGAAUAACAAUAAAGUUCUAAAAUCAAUUUAGGGGGAAAUCCAUCCAAUAAACAUUAGAUGAUCACCAGGGCUAGCUGGCUAAAUUAGUCCUAUUUGGGCCAGCAAGGAGGCCAGGGGAGAAUAUUGAAAGCCAGGAGGAAUAGCUCUGUCUUACAGGCCCUGCGGAAGGAGGUUAAAUCCAGCAGGGCCCUGGUCUCAUAGGACAGAGCAUUCCACCAGGUCGGAGCCAUCACUGAGAUAGCCCUGGCCCUGGUGGAGGAUAAUCUGACUUCCUUAGGACCCGGGACCUCUAAACUAUGGUUAUUCAUGGACCUUAAGGUCCUCUGCAGGGCAUACCAGGAGAGGCGGUCCCGUAAAUACAAGGGCCCUAAGCCAUAAAUACAAGGGCCCUAGGAGAAGUACAAAUGAAUUAAAAGGAGGUUAUAUGGGAAAGUACAGCAACUAGACUUGGGGGAGGUGCCAUUUAUACUUGUUGUGGAUGCAGAAGGUCCCCAAUUCAGUUCUCAUCAUCUCCAGUUUACAGAAAUGGGUGGUGGAUAAUGAGAAAGAUCUCUGCCUCUCCCAUAGACCUUGGAGAGCCACUGCCAGAAGUCUAAGGACACUGUCUUAGAUGCACUAAUAAGGUGACCUGCUACAAGGCAGCUUCCUAGAACACAAGCAAAAGCUGCAGUUCCCAGCACUCUUAAUAAACGUUCCCAAGAUUCCUUGGGGGAAGUCAUGUGCUUUGAAGGUAUGGGGUGUACACAGUCGAGGAUUAAGCACAGAAGGUUCUGCAGCAAAAGUCUGGGGAGGCAGUAUAUCUGAAGAUCUCUGCUGGAUCUUCUUUUCCAGCAUCCUGUUCUCACAGUCACCAACUGGACGCCUAUGCAAGCGGAACAUGAGGUCAACAGCACUCUCCCCACACUGAUUCACAGCAACCGAUAUUCAGACAAAUAUUGACUCCAACAGUACAGAGUGAACAUAGUCAUCCUGGCUAGUAGCCACUGAUAGUCUUAUCUGUUAUGAAUUUGUUGAACCCCUUUUAAAAUCAGUGGCCAUUACAGUGGUACCUCGGGUUAAGUACUUAAUUCGUUCCGGAGGUCCGUUCUUAACCUGAAACUGUUUUUAACCUGAAGCACCACUUUAGCUAAUGGGGCCUCCUGCUGCCGCCACGCCGCCGGAGCACGAUUUCUGUUCUCAACCUGAAGCACUAUUUCUGGGUUAGUGCAGUCUGUAACCUGAAGCGUAUGUAACCUGAAGCGUAUGUAACCCGAGGUACCACUGUACUAUAGCAGGCAGGAGUGAAUUCCAUAGUUUAACUAUUUAUUAUUAUUAUUAUUAUUAUUAUUAUUAAUCGCUGUGUGAAGAGAGAUCCCCUUUCGUCUUUUCCUGAAUCUUCCAAUAUUUAGCUUCAUUGGAUUGACCCCAAGUCCUAGUGUAGGUGGGAUAAAACUACUUAUCUACUUUUUCUAUACCAUGCCCAACUUUAUACACCACUAUCAUACCCUCUUACUCACUUUUCUUUGAAACUAAGAAGCUCCAAAUGUUUUCACCUUUCCUCAUAAAACAUUUGCUUCAACCCUUUGGUCACAUUGGUCGCCCCUUUCUGAACUUUCUCCAGCUCUCCCCUAUUUGGUGAGAGGACCAGAACUGUACAUAGUUUUCCAAGAAAGAGAGCAUGCUGUGGUUCUCAAGGAAUCUAGGGUUGCACAGACACCUCUGGUGUUGGUGCAACAUUGAAAAAACAUGGUUGGGAGAGGUGAUACCGAAGUUCCAUCUGAGACGGUCCAUUCGCAUGCACAAGUCACUACCAGUUCCUGGAGUGAUCAAAUAGUGAAUAUGCUUGGCCCUUAGUCCUAAACCGAGAUGGGGAAAAAUAUAGCUGCUUGUAGUACAAGCAACCCCCUAAUUAUACACAUUCUUCUAUGCAAUCCUGCUUACUAUACAUAUUUUUGCAAAUACUUUUGCCUAAUUACACAAUGCAUUUUUUUGUAUAUUAACUUCACUCAUAGAUACAUACGCUUCCCCCCAUUUUGUAUACAAUUUUCGGUUGGAGAACCAUCAGAGCAGUGCAAAUUUCAAAGGAUAGCUGCUUUGUGGUUCACUCCCCCCCCCCCCGGAAAUGUGAAUCAGGCAGGUUCACAUUAAAAAGCAAAUUGAAUUCCUUCCCCAUUCAUAUGAUGGUGCGUACACAGUAAACCAUUCACUAUGUUUUCUGUGACAUCCGAGUGCCCUCAGUGAAGGAUCUUAAAUACCACGAAAUACCAUUCCCUUUGAAGAGGAUUUGAGAAGAGAGAGGUACCGAUAAUUCCAUGAAAAGCACAAGAGAACAGGGCAGACUUUGCCUGGCUCUUUAGAAAGAAUAAAGAUGGUGUCAGGCGAACAUGCCUAGGGUGUGAGUUCAAAUGUUUAGGGGCCACCACAGAAAAAGCUCUUUCAACAACAGCCAUCCAUCUGACUUCAAAGGACAUAGGAGGAAAAGAUAAUAAAUGAAACACAUUUGAGAAAAUCAUUAUUACAGUUCUUGUUUGUUUGUUUGUUUGUUUGUUUCAUUCAUUUAUGAAUCGCUUCCCAUGAAGGACUUGCUAAAAAGGCAUGUUUUCAACAGGUGCCAAAAGCCCAAUAGAAAAGGUGUCUGAGGAAGUUGUAAAGGAUAGGAACCACCACACUAAAGGACCGAUUCCAACAUUGUGUGGCGCAAACUCUGGAUAGGAUAGUUUUAAGCAUUUCCUGUGGUUAGAACUGAACGUUGAGGCAAAUUCUGACUUACGGCACUCAAUCCAGUGAAAAGUGAGGUGAAGCUAACAUGUGACUAAAAACAAUUCAUGUGAGUAAAGGUUUUGUCAAGUUGGGUUCCUUCAUUGUCAUGGCAGCAGUCAUUAAGCUUGGGGCAUAAUUCCUUUUUUCCCCUUCUAAACAGAGUCACUUUAAUAACAUUAUUUUUGCUCACGUAAAUCUUUCCUUACUGUGUAAUUACAGCAAGCAAACUAGGUCAAUAACAGAUAUCUCAGUUUUUUAAGCUCUGUAAAUGCAUUAUUUAGCAAUCUUUUCCAACUGCAAAAGUUUACAAUUAAUUACAGGUCCAGAGGCACAAGUAAAUAUAUUUCAACAGAAGCUCGUAUUUUAAUAAUUUGUAUAUUUUUCAUAUAGCAAAAACUAAGGAAAAGUUCGAAGUUAGAAGGGUCAUUUACACUCUCCAAAGCCCUGAACCAGCAUGAGGGAUCCAAGUGUAAGCAGUAUUGCAAUGUUGAUGGGUUUUUUCUUUUGAGGGGUGAGGUUCAUAGUGAAGAAUAAUUUUGGGGUGGUAUGUGAUGUUUUCAUCAAAAGGGAGAAAAAUUUGCCCUUUGCUAGGAGAUUGUGACUGUCCCCAAGUGCUACAUCUCUCCUUGCGUGUCAGUCCUGAAGUUGGGAGAACAGUAAAUUAAGAUCCAGACUCCCUGGGAGAACAGGUCUGCCACAGAUGACUCCUAUUUUAAUAGUACAGUGAUACCUCGGGUUAAGUACUUAAUUCGUUCCGGAGGUCCGUUCUUAACCUGAAACUGUUCUUAACCUGAAGCACCACUUUAGCUAAUGGGGCCUCCCGCUGCCACCGUGUGGCCGGAGCACGAUUUCUGUUCUCAACCUGAAGCAAAGUUCUUAACCUGAAGCACUAUUUCUGAGUUCGCAGAGUCUGUAACCUGAAGCGUAUGUAAUCUGAAGCGUAUGUAACCUGAGGUACCACUGUACAUUCAUGAGAGUCAACUUUCAGCCAGAGAACUACCCAAGACAAGAGGCUUAAGCAAGCACACAUCUCAGCUGGUCCUCCAUACUGUGGUGUGAUGAUUUGUAUUUCUAUUUGCACUAUGGUAAUUGCAUUUUUAUGCAACUUUAGCCAAUGCAAAUAAGUAAGAAAAUCUGAGCCCUUUCUUUGAACUCUUUUUGAGAGAUGCACCUUUUUUUUAAUGAUGGGUAAGUGACCAACUUUUCUUGAUUUGGGGAAAGCUUAUGAACCCCUCGCUACAAUGGCCAAUGUGCAAAUUCUAAUUCGAGUACUAUAGAGAAACAGGAAUCCUGAAAUAACUUGAGUUUCCCUUACACCAACACAUAUAUUAAGGUCCGCAUGUUGCUGCUAGGUUCUAGAAGCAGGUCUGCAUUUUACUUUGAUUCUGGAUUCAUUACACAGGCUCAACUUUCCAGUUUGUUCUGCAGAUCAGUAGUGACAUGCAAGGAGCUUAAAACUGAAGCCUUAGAAGUGGUUCUUGGUGAUUUUCACUCUGAAUGUUAAUUUAUUUGUUGCUUUUUGGGUGAAGAGGAGACAGAGAAAACACUUGUGGAAUGGAAUUACUGGGGUGCAAUUCUUUUAUCUUGUAUUAAGGAGAUCUAGAUUCCCCAGGCAUCAUGAGACACCAGCCCCCACCCGGCCACAUCUUUGAAAAUGUAAUUUUUUGGCGUUUAACUGAGUCUGCAACACAUGAUUCAAAGGUGUGGAGCAGGAUUUGCUUACCUGAGGUGCUCCAGGUGUCCUUCAUAGAAUAAUAAUAAUAAUAAUAAUAAUAAUAAUAAUAAUAAUAAUUUAUUUAUACCCCGCCCAUCUGGCUGGGUUCCUGCAGCCACUCUGGGCGGCUCCCAAUCAAGUGUUAAAAACAAUACAGCAUUAAAUAUUAAAAACUUCCCCAAACAGGGCUGCCUUCAGAUUGUAGAGGUGGAAGGGACCCAAGGAUUAUCUAGUCCAAGCUUGCUCCAUCUUCCAUGUGACACAGCCCUUUAGAUAGUUGAAGAUGGCUAUCAUUAUCUCAACCCCUUCUCUUAUCCAGGCUAAACAUAUCCAGCUCCUUCAACUGCCCCUCAUAAGGCUUACUUUCCAGAUCCUUGAUCAUCUUGGUUGCCCUCCUCUGCACACGUUCCAUCUUGUCAACAUCCUUCUUAAAUUGUGGUGCCCAGAAUUAGACACAGUAUUCCAAGUGUGGUUUGACCAAGGCAGAACAGAGUGGUACUAUUACUUCCCUUGAGCUGGACACUAAACUUCUGUUGAUGCAACCUAGAAUAGCAUUAGCUUUUUUGCUGCUGCAUCACACUGUUGACUCAUGCUGAGCUUGUGGUCUACUAAGACCCUUAGAUCCUUUUCACAUGUACUGCUGCCAAGCCAGCUGUCACCCAUCUUCUAUUUGUGCAUCUGGUUCUUCCUGCCUAAGUGCAGAACCUUACAUUUGUCCCUAUUAAAAUUCAUGUUGUUAGUUUAGAACCAGUUCUCCAGUAGGUCCCAAUUUUGUCUUCUACCCCUCCAAGUUUGGUGUCAUCUGCAGAUUUGAUGAGCAUCCUCUCAAUUCCUUCGUCCAAAUCUUUUAAAAAGACAUUGAACAACAAAGGGCCCUGGACAGAACCUUGCAGUACCCCACUUGUCACUUUUUCCGGGAUGUUGAGGAACCAUUAGUCAUUUCCAACUCACAUCAGCCCCAACUGGCAUGGCCAAGGACAGGGAUCAUGGGAGUUGUAGUUCAGUAAACAUCUGGAGGGAGAAAGGUUGGCCUGCCCUGAUGUGAACAAGAUGCAGAUGUACUACUGUUUUUCCUUCUCGAAGCAUCUGGGCUCAUCCGUCUGCCAACAUAGUCGUUGUUAUCUGCUGGUGUAUCAUUACCAUGUUAAAAGUACAGUGGUGCCUCGCAAGACGAAAUUAAUCCGUUCCGCGAGUGUCUUCAUCUAGCGGUUUUUUCGUCUUGCGAAGCAACCCUAUUAGCGGCUUAACGGAUUAGCGCUAUUAGCGGUUUAGCGGCUAUUAAAGGCUUAUCGGAUUAGCGGAUUAGCUGCUAAAAGGCUAUUAAAGGCUUAGCGGCUUAGAUAAAGGGGGGGGGGAGUGAAAAAAAAAUCUCAAGACUCGCAAGACAUUUUCGUCUUGCGAAGCAAGCCCAUAGGAAAUUCGUCCUGUGAAGCAACUCAAAAACGGAAAACCCUUUCGUCUAGCGGGUUUUCCGUCUUGCGAGGCAUUCGUCUUGUGGGGCACCACUGUAUACAAUUUUUUAGGUAGACACUUAAAAUUUUAAGUGUAUGCCUAAAAAUGUAUUUGUUGAUACUCUUUAGAAUUUUAUCUUUAUUUAUUUAUUACAUCUGUGAAGCAUCUUGAGCACACAUUUUAAAUAUGUAAAUGUGACCGAUAUACUCCCCAAAAUAAAUGAAUGCAGUUAGAAGCAAAGAAGAAUGGAAAGGAGGGCAUUGGAAACAAGAUGGAACAGAGCAUGAAGAUUUUCUUGUAAAUGAUGAAAAAUGAAAAAGAAAAGAAAAUUAAAUUACAUUACAUUAAAAUUUAAAAGCACAUUUGCUGUGAUUAUGCAAAUGAAGUGGGGUUUCUGUAGGAAUGCCUUAAAGCAAUCCUAACCAUGUUUACUCAAAAGUAAGUUCCAUGGGACUUAGUCCCAGGUUAGUGGAGUCAGGAUUGCAGCAGGGAUUUUUGAUUUUGAAAAUCCCGAAAGACAAAUCUAGACCAGCAUGUGUGUGUGUUUGUAACUUCUGUAGUUGGGUAUUCAUUGUGUGCUUAUGCAGAUUUUUGAGAAUAUCCAUAAAUAAAUCCAAUGUGGUAAUGGAAAACUAUCCUGCUGAGAAAUAUCAAAGAAAGGCCAUUUAUUAUGUGAAAUUGGUGCAGAAUAUUAAUAGUGUUAUUUGUGCCCAAACUUGGAAGAUAUGACAUGAGCAGGUAAUUGGUGCCUUUAAUAAGGACACUGUAACUCUUCAAUUGGAAGUAAUCCCUCAAAAUUUAUAUAAAGAAGGGGGGAAAUGUUUGGGAAGGUGGGUGGGAAAGGUUCUUCAAAACAAAUCAGAAAAUGAAGGAAAUUCAGUUGAUCACUCUUGUACUAUCAAUAAAACAUUUUAUCCACCAGAGGGACAGCUUUUAUUAAGGCACCAGGCUUUUGGAGGAGAUGUAAUUCUAUAGCAGUACGUCCGUGAAGAUAAAUUGCACUAUGAAGUCUCUACCUGUGUGACUGGCGAAUGCUGCUCCAUGUGAAAUAGCAGCAGACAAUUUAAAUGAUGAAGAGCAUUGUUUUUCAGCCAGUUUAACUAGAUAUGAAAUUAUUAGAAGACAGUUUAAUUGAAUACAUUGUUCUUGCCAGAUACAACACCUGAAAAUAUAAGCUGGGUAUGCAAGAAUGCAAGCAUAAAUUUAACUGCUUUUGCACCAACCUUGGCCUGAUCUCCUCACUGAUUUUGGAGAUGGAGGUUGCAAUCCUAUGCACACUUAUCUAGGAUAGGUCCAAUUGAACUCACUGGGGCUUACUAGGGCUCUGACAUUAUACAACAUGCAUUUGGGAAUCCCAGGGCUUUUUGAAUUGCAAGGGAAAUCUAAACAGAGUUCUGUACCUCUUCAAAAAUCUGGGGGAACUGGGAAGGUGCAUAACUCUCUCCACAAAGAGCCACUUCCCAGGAAUAAAAUGCCAUGUUGCUGUGCAUUUAAUGACUUCCCAGGAUAACCUUAGCAUAUGCCAAGCGGCACAGGUUCUAUUGCUGCCUGGAACAAACCAUUGUCACUCUGGAGCUUGUGAAUUAAACCAUCACAGGGCAGGACCAAUUGUAAAGGCCAGGCGUAGGAACCUGUGGCCUGACAGAUACCGCUGGACUCCAACUCUCCCUCCUGUAAAAUUAAACCCAUGGGUGCCAACUCCAAGUUGAUGUCAUUUAUGUCAUUGUCAUUUAAAUGGUGUGUGCGCGCGCCAUGUCUUGUGAUCAAUUAUGCAGGGUGGGGCUUGCCUGGGGCCCCCAAUAUUGACGCUCCUGAUUCCACCUGAGACUUCUGAAAUGUCAUCAAGUCCCAUCAAGUUCUUGGCGACAAGAACAUUCUGUGGGCAGCUAGAUUGUCUAUUUUUAAAAGUUUAAAAGGAAGAAAUACAUUUCAGAAGAACAGACGCAGUGCUGAAGCCCUCAGACUGCCUUGUAGUUACCAUAUUUUUUGCUCUAUAAGACGCACCAGACCAUAAGACGCACCAAGUUUUUGGAGGAGGAAAACAAGAAAAAAAAAUAUUCUGAAUCCCAGAAGCCAGAAUAGCAAGAGGGAUCGCUGCGCAGUGAAAGCAGCAAUCCCUCUUGGUGUUCUGGCUUCUGGGAUAGCUGCGCAGCCUGCAUUCACUCCAUAAGAUGCACACACAUUUCCCCUUACUUUUUAGGAGGGGAAAAGUGAGUCUUAUAGAGCAAAAAAUACGGUACUUAAAACAAAAAAGUUUGCAUUUCCAUGCAGCUGUCUUAAGGAUUUCCCCCAAAAAUCCACAUGGAAAUGGGAUGAAACAGCCUUAGCCCCACCCUAACUGGGAUGGACCAGCUGUUAAUGGGGGGACAUUCAACCCCAGUCUGUCUUCAGUUUCAACAAGCUAGCGUCCUGCCACUUCCAGUCAGUGCAGAACAAUUUCUACUCACCAACUCAUAACAAGGCAACUGGCCAAUUACAAGUCUGUUACAUAAUUCUGCUAUAGCACAAAAGCUGAUGGUGAAUUUAAAUUAUUUCUUUGCAUUGAUCUUCACUUCAGGCGUAGAUGGAGAAAAAUCUAUAGAGCGUGCAUUCUUUGAAAAAAGGAAACAAGCCAAUUGCAUUUAAAAAAAAUAAAAUAAUAAUAAUAAUUUGUCAGGCAUCCUGUUACAUAAUUAUGAGAACAACCCAGAGAACAUGAGAACAGCCAGUACGAACUCUGUUGAAACUCAAAGUGGAAAUAGAGCAAUUAAAAAGGAAGUGGCGUACCCUUUGCAUCCAGUAUUGGAUUUAAGCCCAGUUCCUCAAACCAGAGCGCCAAUAUAGAAUCAUAGAAUUAGAAGGGAUCCUGAGAGUCUUAGGGUUGCCAUAUUUCAAAAGGUUGUUGAGCUUCUUCUUUUUUGAGUUUUGAGCUAUUUUCGGGAAAUCGCCAAAAUAUUGACUUCUGACAUGGGUUGCCAUACAGUAUGUCUGGAUUUUUUCCAGACUUCUGCGUUUUCAACCUGGACAAUGCUACCAAGUGCCAUUUUCCAACAAUGUCUGGGAAAUUCCAGAUGUAUGGCAACCCGAACAACCCCCUGCAGUACAGGAAUCUCAACUAAAGCAUCCAUGAUAUUUUUUAAAAAUCAUAAUUUUUAUUGAUUUUUCCUUAUUUCAUCUUAAUUUCAUACACAUAUUCACAAUUUAUGUUAUUUGCUCAGAAUGAGCUUUGACUUCCUUCCAUCUCUCUUUCUGACAUCCCUAUGACAUUUAACAUAUCUAUCACAUUCCCAUAAUCACUUCUUUAUCAUAUAUUAGCCUUAAGAAAUCACAUUCUUAUUUGUAAAUAUUUAAAAAUAAAUCAGCAUCUUAAUUUCUCAUUACAAAACAUUUCACGUUAAUGCUACAAAUGUUUUCAUAUGGGUACAAUUUUCUUUCCAAUAAUAAAUAAAUUUGCUCCAGUCCUUUUGGUAUUUUUCUUCAGGUCGAUUCCUAAUCCUCCCUGUCAGCUUCGCCAACUCCACAUGAUAGAUGGCCAUCCAAACUCUGCUUAAAAACCUCCAAGGAAGGAGAGUCCACCCUAUGAAGCAGAUUAGGCUGAGAGUGAGGGAGGGAGUGGCCCUAGGUCACUCAGUAAGUUUCAUAGGCAAGUGGGGGAUUUGAACCUUGCUCCCCCCAGGUCCUAGUCUGACACUCUAACCAUUAUACAGUGGUACCUCGGGUUACAUACGCUUCAGGUUACAUACGCUUCAGGUUACAGACUCCGCUAACCCAGAAAUAGUGCUUCAGGUUAAGAACUUUGCUUCAGGAUGAGAACAGAAAUCGGGCUCCGGCGGCACGGCGGCAUCAGGAGGUCCCAUUAGCUAAAGUGGUCUUCAGGUUAAGAACAGUUUCAGGUUAAGAACGGACCACCGGAACGAAUUAAGUACUUAACCCGAGGUACCACUGUACUACACUGGUUCAUGGUAAGAGUAUUUACUCACAGAGGAGACCCACUGAGUUCAAUGGAUUUACUCAGUGAAUAUGCUUAAGAUUACAAUUGUGCAACCCAAUCCUAUGCAUAUUUGCUUCAAAUUAAGACCCAUUCAAUUCAUUGGGGACUACUCCCAAGUAAGUUUCCAUUGGGCCACAGCCUUAAUUAGUGGGGAAGACAGUGUAAGGGAAAACUGCAAUUGGUGAGACUAAGAAUUAAGACCACAACAAUUUAUUUUCAAAGCUAUUUUGAUUCUGGUGUGUUCACAGCCAUAACUAAAGAAAAGAACACUAAAGAUUAUCUUUCAUCCAAACAAAGAAUGGCAGCUUCUGUUAAUUAAAUUAUAAUCAGUUUCACACUUUCCUUAGUAUCUCAUGAGAAUAAUCUAUAUUGAAUUUUUUGUGAUAUGCAAAUUUACUUAAAUGUAGUCGCUUAAUUAAUCAGUUAAAAGUCAGGUAAUAGUGCAAGCCUGGACAUGUCUAAUCAGAAGUAAGUUCUGUUUAGAUUAUUAUUGUCAGGGGAAAUGCAGCAAUAAAUCACACAGAGUACAUGAAGUUAACUCUUUCUUAGAAGAAACAAGGUCUCCUCAGGAGUGUCAGGCCUAAUGAGCACAGCAACUCUUCUGUGUAGGUCUUGCCCCUAUGAGGCAUUUGUGGAGACUGAAGGUCCCCAUUUUCCCACAGCUGCCUAAGUCUCCUCCUUUCCCAGAUUUUUGUCAAGCAAUCUGAGACUAUGCCAGUGUGCUUGCCUUUGCUCCUCCCACUUCAUCCCUUUCCUGGUUCUGGGCAACCAGGGGAGGGGAGUUUUUUUGCAGAAGGAGGAAGAGACACCGUUGCUUCUUCACCAGCCUGACUCAUCUCUGCUUCUUGGCCUCCCUCCUCUCUUGCUUCAGCUUCUGCCUCUGAUUCUGGACUUAUCUCUGCCCCAGCCUCUUCCUGCUCAUUAAACGUGGUUACCUCUUCAGCUUCCAACACCUCCUCCUUCCAGUCUUCUCCCUCUUCUCCCCCUGACCACUCAUCAUCGUCUCACCACGAAUCUCCGGGCUCUGAACCUUCUUCCCUUGAGGGUUGGGAUCUGCGUCCUUCAAUGGCAAUUAAUAUAGACCUCCUCAGCCGAAUUAGAUUUUAGUCUAUGACCUGCUGUUUAGAACUCUUCCAUAUAACCAAUAAUCUGGAGCAAAACUAAACUAAAUUUAGUUUAGUUAGUUUAUUGAAUUUGCGCUUCCAGGUGCCUCAGGAAACUCAAAAGGAGAGCAAGCCUCCAAAUAAAUCCUUUAAACUGCAAAGGGAAAACCUCCUUACAUCUUAAAUCAGUGGUGACAGCAGUGCAGGGCUUUGUUGGAUGUCUGGAAUAAGGAUGGAGGAGGAUUUUGGUUGGCUCCAAUCUUUGGAGCAAGCUUCUCCAGAGGCGGAGCUACCUGCUCCAGCACCCAGAGCGGUGUGGGGGCGGGGUUAGCCGACUGCACGGCGAGUGUCCCUAGCCUUCUGCCUCCCGUGUGGUGAGCGCCAGGGGAGGGGUAAUGCUAGCCUCCCGCCACCCUUGGCGAGCAUCCGGGGUGGCGUGUGGCGAUGUUGCCCCCCCAGGGAUGGCAACUGGAGCAGACCGCACCCCCCAACACCCCUCUUCCUCAGCCAGUGAGCCUCUCCAGUCCACAUCCAACAGAUCAUACAGUGGUACCUCGGGUUACAUACGCUUCAGGUUACAUAUGCUUCAGGUUACAGACUCUGCUAACCCAGAAAUACUGUUUCAGGUUAAGUACUUUGCUUCAGGAUAAGAACAGAAAUCAUGCUCCGGUGGCACGGCGGCAGCAGGAGGCCCCAUUAGCCAAAGUGGUGCUUCAGGUUAAGAACAGUUUCAGGUUAAGAACAGACCUCCGGAACGAAUUAAGUACUUAACCCGAGGUACCACUGUAGUUAGUUUGGAACACAGACAUGCAGAUUAGGUUGCACAGCUGCACACUUUUCCAGAACACAAUUCCUUUCAAGUUAAAUUUAUUUAUUUAAAUAAUUUGUAUCCCACUUUUUACUGUAUGCCUCCAAGUGGCUAACACCCACCCACCAUGCAGUAUACAAAAUUUAAAACAUACCGGUAGAUGAAAGCAAUAGAAACAUCAGAACAAUGUCAUGGUGAAAAGAGACCCUGAAAUACAUAGAAUUGUUUUAACCUGGCAUCUGACAUUUAAGAGGGGCAGAGCCUAUCUGACUUUUAAUGGGAGAGAGUUCCAUAGAUUUGAACCCACUACACUGAAGGCACAGCUUUUCAUUACUUGUGCGUAUCGCCAGUCGGUUUACCAGGUGACCUAAGAUUAGGCUCUUAGGGGAAGAGAGAGAUACUUAUUGCAAGGUAAUGGCUUAAUUUCGAGAGGAACGGUAAUAAACACAGAUGUUCAGAACACCUGUAAUUGCUUGUUUAAUUUAGAAUGGCAAUUUCCCCAUAUGCAGAAGAUGAUACAAAGCCCUUUACACUUAAGUGCCAUUCUGACACGCAUUUGGAAUAGAGGGAAUCAGUGGCAGGAAGCAGAGCAGCCAGGAGGAGAUGACUGCCCUUCUAUAUGGCUGAAUGAAUUAUGCUAUGCUGGAGGAAUUUACUCAACGGUGCCUGCAUUUCUAUGCUUGCUUGCUUUUUUCUUCUUUUUAAUUAUUGUGCCCUUAGUGUUCUUAAUUGCAUUUGUACACUUUUGUAUUUAAAAAAAAAUAUGUUUGCAUAGUCGUUUUUGUUGGGUACCUUGGCCUUCCCUCUCUCUCUCUCUCUCUCUCUCUCUCUCUCUCUCUCUCAAGGAAAGUUCACAUGUAAUUCAAACACAUUCAUGAUAUUUCAGAUUUUUCGCAUGAGAAGUUCUUUCAGGGACAUGAAAGGCCUUGCUGAGCUAGACAAAUUGGUACCAUUGUUGCCUCUACAAUGUUGGUGAAAACUUUUAGUCUGUAUUGUGGAACCGGCUUUACUUACCAAAUCCUAGAGGCUACUCACUCUGUUCUGCUCCAGCUUUUCCCAAUGGUCUCUUCAUUUGAGCAUCAAAUUGGGCACAUCCCUUUUCCCUGUCUGAAGUUUUGGAGGCGCUCAGGGCUGGCCCAAGACAUUUUGCUGUCUGAGGCAAAGGACAAGAUGGCGCCCUCUAAUCCUUCCAUGAAUCAAAGCUGAUUGGACUGACAGCUGUGAAUUCCCCACCACCACACACACAAAUCUUAUCUGUGGGUAGCAAUGUGUUUUUCUUCACUUACAUUAGGGGCAAACAUUGUCACACUUCAUUUGGGUGUUCUUAUUGUUGUAUUCAGAAGCCAUAUCUGAGGGCCAGUUCAUAUCAAGUGGAUGUAUGGAUGAUCCGUUGCAGACCGAAUUCCACAAUCAAAAUUCCAUUAUGACCCAAAACCCAAUGUUUUUCAACGGAGUCCCUAGCAGAGGUGAAAGAGAUGUACAGAAAUCACAUGGGAUGUAUGUGUUGGAGGACUGGCCCAUUUAAGCUGCUGGGGAGCUCAAAUGUUCGAUUGGUCCCCCAUGUCUCUGCAGCUGCAGGCUAACACAACAGCCUUUCCCUUCACAUGCUUGUUGUCAUACAGGAGUUGUUACUGUUGUUUCCAUCUGUAGGAGCAUAUCAGGGUUCAGUUGUCUUCAGCUGAAAUAAUAAUAAUAAUAAUUAAUAAUAAUAAUAUUUUAUUUACACCCUGGACAUCUGGCUGGGUUUCCCACCCACUCUAGGUGGCUCCCAACAGAAUAUUAAAAACACGAUAAAACACCACACAUUAAAAUGGUUGCCUUCAGAUGUCUUCUAAAAGUCAGAUGUUUAUUUCCUUGAUACCUGAUGGGAGGGCGUUCCACAGGGCUGGCGCCACUACCGAGAAGGCCCUCUGCCUGGUUCACUGUUACUUCACUUCUUGCAGUGAGGGAACCACCAGAAGGCCCUCAGAGCUGGACCUCAGUGUCUGGGCUGAAUGAUGCUGUGUUUCUGCAAAUAGCUCCAAGGUUCUUUUCUGUCUUCUUUUUUUAGUACAAGUGUUGACCAUCCAAUGUUUCCUUCCCUUUCCUGCAGUUAAUUGUGUUUUAUAAAUCCAUGGAGUUGGGUUUUUAUUUUUAUUUUUUGCAAAAGUUUUCUGUUUGUCUUUUCUUUACUGAAGAAUUGAUCUCGUGCCUCUUGCAUUCCUGCUGUUAUAAGAGAUUGAUUGGGAAACGUGGGAUCAGUCCGCCUGCAUGUACGUGUGGGGUGAACAAUACACUCUUUGCUGGUUCUGUGCAAAAUGUUGCUCUCCAUAUCAUGCUUCCAAUUCCAUAAAACAAAACAAAAUAAAAUACAAAUUAAAAAAAGAGCAGCAUGUCUACACAGAGCAAAAACAGAUGUUUUUGUGCAAUAGCAAUGUCCCCUAAAACUGACCCAUACAUAUGUUUUGCUGUAAAUAUGCAUCCUCUAGCAAAUUUCUCCUUUCAUAUUAAACAGAGCCAUGUCCAUAUGUGAUGUCCUUGUGAGUUUUCAAGUCUUGUCAUUCUAAGUAGGAUUGUCAACUCUGCAAGUAAGAAAUCCUGGAGAGAGAGAAAAGCUAAAUAAAUUAAAGGGGUUGGUUUGCCGCAAUGUUUUAUAUAUCAGUUAGGUAAAGGUAAAGGUAAAGGGACCCCUGACCAUUAGGUCCAGUCGUGGCCGACUCUGGGGUUGCGGCGCUCAUCUCGCCUUAUUGGCUGAGGGAGCCGGUGUUUGUCCGCAGACAACUUCCAGGUCACGUGGCCAGCAUGACUAAGCCGCUUCUGGCGAACCAGAGCAGCACACGGAAACGCCAUUUACCUUCCCGCAAGAGUGGCACCUAUUUAUCUACUUGCACUUUGACGUGCUUUCGAACUGCUAGGUUGGCAGGAGCAGGGACAGAGCAACGGGAGAUCACCCCGUGGCGGGGAUUCGAACUGCUGACCUUCUGAUCGGCAAGUCCUAGGCUCUGUGGUUUAACCCACAGCGCCACCCGCGUCCCCAUAUAUCAGUUAUGGAAAUUUAAAAAAAAUCAAAUAAACCCCUCUUCGUUUGAACUUCUCUUGAAUAAGGUUUUUAAGACAAAUUGUUCUGAAUUCGCCAUGGGUCCAGUGCUACCAGCUAUCGCUGGCUUGUUUCAGGCAAAAUUAGUGCAGGAUUUCUGAUUUCCCCUCUCAGAAGGUACAUGGGAUUCACAACACACAUUACAGCCACAUAGAUCUCCCCCUUCUUCUGUCUCCCUAGUUCUUUGAGGGUCUUCCCUUUGGGACGAUAUGGGAUUGGGGGGGGGCAAUUCCCAUCUUUUGCGGGGUGCAAUUAGUGCCAGUGCUGUCCGUUAACAGUUUGGGUGUAAUCUUUGACACCUCCCUUUCUAUGGAGGCGCAGGUUGCAGCUAUAACAAAGGUGGCAUUUUUCAUCUCCGCCAAGCUAAGCAGUUGGUCCCUUACCUUUCUCGCCCUGACCUAGCCACUGUGAUCCACACAACGGUCACCUCCAACCUGAUUAUUGUAACUCACUCUACGUGGGGCUGCCCUUGAGACUGAUUCAGAAACUCCAGGUGGUGCAGAAUGCCGCGGCGAGACUCCUUAUAGGGUCCUCGCUGCGGGAUCACAUUCACCUGGUGCUAUACCAGCUGCUCCCGGUGGAGAACAGGAUCAGGUUUAAGGUGCUGGUUUUAACCUUUAAAGCCCUAUACGGCCUAGGACCCUUGUACCUACAGGACCGCCUCUCCUGGUAUGUCCCAUGGAGGACUUUACAGUCUUCAAAUAAAAACAUAUUGGAGAUCCCAGGCCACAGGGAGGUUAGACUGGCCUCGACCAGAGCCAGGGCUUUUUUGGCUGUGGCCCUGAUCUGAUGGAAUGCUCUGUCACAAGAGACUAGGGCCCUCUGGGACUUGACAUCUUUCCGCAGGGCCUGCAAGACAGAGCUGUUCCACCAGGGCUUUGGCCAAGGCACAGUCUCACCCUCUUUCUCCUUCUGUAAUCUUCAUAGAACUCCAGCCCGAUGGUUGCCAUUAAUUUUAUUCUGAAUUGAUUCUAGAAUGUAUUUUAAUUAACUGACUGAGCGAUUUUAUGUACACUGUGCUAUUUUAAUCUGUUGUUAGCUGCUCUGAGCCCGGCUUUGGCCAGGGAGAGCGGGAUACAAAUAAAAUUAUUAUUAUUACUAUUACUAUUAUUAUUAUUCAUGCAAUAUAUAUGAAUUUAAAUGUAUUCUGAACAGCAAUGAGCUGCCUGGUACAAUUAUAUAUGGGAGAGGGGCCUAUCCAGAUGGUUUCUGAGAACUAUAUAUGAGCUUCUAAGUACUUAAAUAGCCAAAGAGGCAGAAGGAGAUAGACUUCACACAAGCCAGAUUUCAAGUAGCUUUUACAGGAAGUGACAUCGAAGUAGGAGGGGCCUGGUAUAACUUGGAGUCCAUCCUUCAUACAAACAUCUAGAAAAAUGAGGCUUUGCUUGAUGCGACUGUGCAGCUAGGCUCAAGAAGCAUAUUGCUUGCUGUUGUAAAAACAUGUAUUUGAGUCAGGAAACGUGUAGUUUGAGAAGGGAUUUGGUAGAUUAAUUCUUAUUGACAGUGGGGUCUUUUCACUGUAACAGAUCUUGAAAAAUUCCCAAAGUGUUUUAUGGAAGCAAUGUGCAGAAAAUAAGCAGCUCCAUGUUUAGAUAGUUUCUCCUCUCCCUCCUUCCUCUCUCCCUCUCCCUCUUCCAUCCCUCUUUAGACAUUUCUACUAGGGACGGAAGCAUUUGUCAUUUCGAUUCUCUCAGUUUUUCAGUUUCAAUCUUAAAUUUGGUUCUCUACAAAAAAUUUUUCCUUUGCAGCAAUUUGUGGAUUUUCUUUUUUCUUUUUUAAAUCCCCCGUUUUGCAUGGGAAGCUCCAUACAAGAUCCUCCUUGUGUUUGCUUGAACACAUAAUAAAGGAUCCAGACAGAACAAGGUCCUUGAUAACACAGGGGAGUCUGCUUGCAUUAGAGACAAUGUGAGUAGGAGCCCUGCAGAUCUUCCUUGUGCAAUAGAGGGAAGGUUGGUGACCAAGAGGGAGUGCAACACGUGCGAAGGCAUUGGGGGCAGGGCUUGCAUGCCCCCCCAUACUUUGAGUCUUCACAUUUCAGGCAAACAACUGUACACGUUUCAGGUCAAGCGUCCAUUCUUGAAUUCACAUUCACACAAAACAUUUAGUAGGAAGCAACUAAUGAAACACAGACAGCUUUCCAGGUCAUGUGGCCAGCAGGACUAAACCACAACAGAACAUCGUGACAGAAACCAGAGCGCACGGAAACGCCAUUUACCUUUCUGCCGCAGCAGUGCCUGUUUAUCUACUUGCACUGGCGUGCUUUUGAAUUGCUAGGUUGGCAGGAGCUGGGACAGAGCAACGGGAGCUCACCCUGUUGCAGGGAUUCGAACCGCCAACCUUCUGAUUAGCAAGCCCAAGAGGCUCAGUGGUUUAGACCAUAGCACCACCUGCGUCCCUCUGAGCUUGUAAGGACAUAAGAACCUAUGGGAACCUAUGCCUAUGGGAAACCUGCAAGUAGGGCAUGGGCACCACAACACCCCCAAUUGUGAUUCCCAUCAACUAAUAUUCAGAGAUAUACUGCCUCCAACACUAGAGGUAGAACAUACCCAUCAUGCCUUGUAACCAUCGAUAGCUUUUCCUCCAUGAAUUUGCCCAAGUAUGUUUUGAAGUCCAAGUUGGUGGCCAUUAUUAUUAUUAUUAUUAUUAUUAUUAUUAUUAUUAUUAUAUUUCUAUCCCGCCUUCUUUUCUUGACACGGCACCAGCCCUUUUAUUAAAAGCAGUCAGUUCCCAGAAGUCUGUUGCAAGAGGAAAGUCCCCUGCCAACGGAAGGACAACAAGGAGGGAGCCAAACUAACUUUUCUAGGGAAGGAGGUCCAAAGUCUGGGAGCCACCACUGAGAAGGCCCUCUCCUGCAUCCCUACAGAGUGUGCCUGUGAGGGUGGUGGGACUGAAUAAGGGAAUACAUUCAUUCAGGUAGCUUGGACCUAGGCCUUGCAGAGCUUUUUAUGUCAUAACCAGCACUUUUAAUUAUGCCUGGAAACUGCCUGGGAGCUGAUGGAACAAGGGAGUCAGGACUGUUGGGAUACUGCCAGGGAGAUAAAGUCCAUCAAGGCCCCCAAGCCGUCUGCCGGACGAUCCAUUGACCUCCUGUAGUCACGCAGUAUCAACAAUUAGCGACAUGAGUUUCUAGAAGAUUUCUUGCCACAUUCCAGAGCUCAUGCACACUCUAUCAGCAGAUAGUCACAGCAAAAGUUGCACCCAGGAGAGCAUUAUUUACAAGUUUAUUCAGCGUUGAUCAGAACACAGAAAAACAUGACCGACUGCUUUAGUGUCUGCGACACAAGAGAGAAAACGAAAGCAACAGAAAACAUAAACAUCCUGUGAACAGGAAAUACGCAGACUCUGACUCACAAAGCCUGCUCCCUGUAAGGUGGAACGGAAAUAUCCUAACAUCCUCCCCCUUUCCGUGUAACCUGUAGUACCUGUGGUUCAACCCAAUUGCAACCUUUGUACAUAAACCUUAAGUUGUUCUCUGUUAACAACCUUAGACAGCAGAUCAGCAGGAAUUUCAUUUCCUGGCAUGUAGGACACCUGAAUGAGUCCUUUCUGAAUACACUCCCUUGCACGAUGUAGCUUAAUCUGCAAGUACUUGGUCCUUUGCUUGCAACUCUCCGAGUUCAGCAAAGCCAAACACGAUCUAUUGUCUUGAUACACUUGUACAGGACAUUUCACAGACACUCUGAUGUCCUUAAACAGUUGCAUCAACCAUUCACAAUCCAUGAGUGAAAAUGACAGAGCAUUGAGUUCUGCUUCACAGGAACUUAGGCUCACUGUCGUCUGCUUUUGCACAACCAGUCAAACAGGCAGUGGUUGUACAUGUAGCAUACUCCAGAAGUGCUUGUACCAUCCGUGGUGUCACUUCCAAAACUUGCAUCUGCAAAGAUUUCAAGACCUCCAGUCUUCUGACUGGUGAACCUCAGCCUGUAGUGCAAAGUCCCUUUCAAAUAGCGGGCUAUGCGCUUCAGAGCUUUCCAAUCCUGAACAGUAGGAUUGUUAGCAUGUCUGCUAAGCAGGUUAGUGCUUACAGCUAUGUCAGGUCUUGAGCAUCUAGCAAUGAAAUUCAACUUGCCUAGAAUGCAUCUGUACAGCGUAAUGUCAGAAAACGCUUCAGCAGUACUAUCUACCUGGUAACCUGUUACCAUCGGUGUGUCUGCUGGGUUUGCAUCAACCAAAUUCAACCUGGUUAAUACAUCAGCAAUUUUCUGUGUUUGGUGUACCAGAAAAUUACCUGCUUGGUCCUUCUCCACCUGCAGAGAAAGAUAGUUGGAUACCUCACCAAGAUCCUUCAUGUCAAAGUGCUCCUUCAGCUGAGCUAGGGUGCUUUGAUAAAAGCCUGAUUCUUCCAAAACAUCAGAAGAUCAUCAACAAAACAUAAACAAUACAGUUUGUUUUGCCCUCCUCCUUGACAAACACACGUGGAUCAGCUUUGCCCUGGUGAAAACCUAGAGAAAGCAAUGUCUCAGUGAGUUUUGUGUUCCAACACCUGGCACUCUGCUUGAGACCAUAUAAGGAUUUCCGCAGUUUACAGACCAUUCCCUUCUGUAUCUGCAUUCCAUCAGGUGGAAGCAUAAACAGCUCCUCCCCCAAAAUCCCGUACAAAAAAGCUGUAUUAAUGUCAUGAUGGGAAACAUGCAGUUUCUCCUCCGCAGCAAUCUUGAGCAUCAGCCGAAUGCUCUCAUAUUUGACGGUGGGUGAGUAGGUCUCGUGGUAAUCCUGUCCUGGUACCUGUGAAAAACCUCUGGCAACCAAUCUGGCUUUGUGUCUGACAACCUUGCCAUUCUGGUCUGUCUUGGCCUUGAAGACCCAUUUGCUGCCAACCAGUCUCAUUCCUGGGACUACCGGUACCAACUCCCAAGUUUGGUUCCUGUUCAAGGAAUCAACUUCAGCCUUCAUGGCAUUAAGCCAAGGCUCAGCAUCUUUAGAGGUUAACUCCUGAACCUCUUUGAAGCUUGAAGGUUCCCACACCUUCUCUGAGCUACUAAGAACAGCAGUUGCUGUCUUAGCAAACUCAUCAGCAAAUCUCUUUGGAGGUCUGCCCUUGGUCGCUCUUUCAGAUCUGCGUACUAGACGCAAGUCUUCUGGACUCAUCUCCUCUUUCUUAGGAGAAAAGUGACCAAUGGUGAACAGUGGUUCUUCCAGUUCAUUGUCAGACGCAUCAGAUGGUCUGACUGAGGCCUUUGCGCUCUUGUAGUCUGCUGUGUCAUCACUGUCACCGACAUCAGCAGCAGCGCUGCCCACUGAACUGGAAUCCGAACUCUGAUCAUCAUCGUCAUCAUCGUCCUCAGCAGCUUCCUCAGCUUUAGCUGCUUCUUUGACAUCACCUUCAUCCUCCUCUGGGUAACUCUGGAAAAUUCCCACAUUUUCCCCCCACUUAGGAUUGUACUCAACACUCCUUGUGAACUUAAUGGACUUAGAGUUGGUCAUCCAUACCCUGUAUGCACCUUUUUCGUACCCCAUGAACAAACCAUGUGCCCCACGUUUCCCAAGCUUGUUGCUUUGUGGGGUGUGUACCCACAUGUCAGAACCAAAGAUUCUCAUGUGCUUGAUGUUGGGUUUCUUACCAAACAUCUUCUCAUAGGGGUCACAACCAAUAGGUGAUGACAAUCUGCGAUUAUAAGUGUAAACAUACGAGUUCAAAGACUCCCCCCAAAACUUCUCAGGGAGAUUGGCAUCAUGCAACAAUGUUUUCAGUCCUUGCAGCAACAUUUGCUUUGCUUGCUCACAAAUCUCCCAUGGAGAUCCAGGACUUGAGAGGCUAUGCUGGAUUCCCUUCUCAGUCAGGAAAGCUUCAAACUGCUGAGAAGUGAACUCCCCGCCUCGAUCAGUAAAGAGACAGCCAAUACGUUUACCAUGAACAUUCUCCAACCAAGCACAGAAUGCCUUGAACUUAGGAAACGCUUGCGAUUUCUGCUCGAGCACAAACACAUGAAUGUACCUGGAAAAAGAAUCAAUUAGAACCAUGAAGUACCUUGCUCCACCCAAAGAGGGCGCAAGUGGACCAACCAGGUCUGCGUGCACUAGCUGGUAGGGUUUGGAAGCCUGCCUGCUAGACUCCUUGCCUUUUGGAGCAACCUUCACCUUGUUCUCUGCACAAGAUACACAUUUCAUGUGAAACUUACAGGGUUUGAUGUUCAAACCCUCAACCAUCUCUGGCAUCUUGGCCAGCGCCUGCCAAGACAUGUGACAAAAUCUUCUGUGUGCAUCAUGAAUGCAUCCUGCAUGAAGAACUUUGUUAGUUUGUGCAACACAACAAGAAUCAGCAUUAGACACAACAGCACCAAUGUCAUCAUAAGUUAUACAGAACAAGCCAUCCAUAAACUUUGCAUGCAAAAUGUCCUCUUUGCCUUUUCUGAUGACACAGACGCUCCUCUUGAAGGAAAUCUCAAAACCACGCCCAGUCAGCUGUGGGACACUAAGCAAAUUGUCUGCAGCGCCUGGAACAUAUAGUACAUCUUUGAUGGUAGUGUGCAGACUUGCCAGUUUCACAGUCCCUUCUCCUGCGAUUCGCAACGUCUUUCCAUCAGCCAGGUGGAUCUCACCUUCUUGAGGCUUGAAGGAGAUAAAUAGAUGGCGGUCUUUUGAGACAUGGCGGGUACAGCCUGAAUCAACAACAAACCUGGCCUUGGCUUUUGGAGCAGCCUUUGCAGCAAGCAAAACCUUGUUUUCCACCGGCGUGGGCUUUUGCAGCUUGCCCCCCUGCUCCUGGCCAUCAGACUUGCCUUUAGCCUUUGGUGAAUCUGUGCCAGCAAACAAAACCUUGUUUUCCUCUGGCGUGGGCUUUUGCAGCUUGCCCCCCUGCUCCUGGCCAUCUGCAGGCGUCUGCCUCUGUUUACCUUUGCCCUUCCGGCCUCUGCAAAGGCGAUGACCUUGGCUCCCACGAGAAACAGAGCUCUCAGCUGCCGACUCCUUGGCUCCCCCUGGAGGCUGGAAUGCUGCCUGGGAUGACGUGACAGUCAGCUCCCCUGCAGCUUGCAACCGGUGCCCUCGGCAUCCCUGCAUUCACUCGCAUUCUGGGAAACAGCCAGGACCUCCGAUGCAGUCAAACUCUGGGCUGGGAUGACUGGCAGAUGGGCUAUCUUCAAAGCAUGCCACAUAUUACGUGCAGUCAGAUUGCCAGCUAGCGUCUUUAUUUCCUCCAGAGAGACGGACAAGACGAUUACGUCUAUCGCCCUCAAAUUCUCGGCCUCCCAUCUAUCUGUCAGAGGAACUGGGGGGCUUCAGACACAGUAUGCCACACUCCAAACUGACGCAGCAAGCUCUCACACCACACAGCCCAGGUCCCAUAAUUGUGCCGAUUUAACUUUGGGCACGCAGCAGCCUCAGAAGCUUGGAAAAACUCCAUUCCAGGUUUCUAUUCGAGCCGUGAGUCUAAUUCACUUCAGAGACGUCUUAUCUCGGCAGCUCAUAAAUCUUGAGGCCUUUGGCGCGGCUCCCAGACCCAUUAAUCUGCCAGCCGGACAUCAAAGGUGCUUGCCGCGGCAAACAGAAAAGCCUUACUUUCGCUUUUCUUCCACAUACCUUUCAGCAGUCUGUCGCAGUCUUACUCUCCUGUAAGUGCUGUGAAUCUGGGCCCGAAACCUGUUGUUGGGAUACUGCCAGGGAGAUAAAGUCCAUCAAGGCCCCCAAGCCGUCUGCCGGACGAUCCAUUGACCUCCUGUAGUCACGCAGUAUCAACAAUUAGCGACAUGAGUUUCUAGAAGAUUUCUUGCCACAUUCCAGAGCUCAUGCACACUCUAUCAGCAGAUAGUCACAGCAAAAGUUGCACCCAGGAGAGCAUUAUUUACAAGUUUAUUCAGCGUUGAUCAGAACACAGAAAAACAUGACCGACUGCUUUAGUGUCUGCGACACAAGAGAGAAAACGAAAGCAACAGAAAACAUAAACAUCCUGUGAACAGGAAAUACGCAGACUCUGACUCACAAAGCCUGCUCCCUUUUAAGGUGGAACGGAAAUAUCCUAACAAGGACUGAAUACCAUACUUUAACUAUGCACUUAGUGGAUAAGUGCCGUAUUUUUCGCUCUAUAGGACGCACCCGACAAUAGGAAGCACCUUGUUUUUGAGGGGGAGAACAAGAAAAAAAAAGAGAUUCUCCCCCUCUCUGCUCAGCGCCCCUUCAGCAAAGUGGCAGGAGAAAUGGAGCCCCUUCUAUUUCUCCUCCCGCUUCACUGAAGGGGCGCUGCGCAGCUCUCCCUCUCUCCGGAGGCUUCGGGUUCCUUUCGCUGAAGCCAGGAGAGUCUUGCUCUCCUGGCUUCAGCCAAAGGAACCCGAAGUCUGGAGAGCAAGGGGGUCGGUGCGCACCGACCCCUCUCGCGCUCCAGGCUUCAGUGAAGGCAACCCGAAGCCUCCAGAGCACAGCAGGAGCUCCCGCUGCAUACCAGAGGCUUAAGGCUUCAGUGAAGGCAACCCGAAGCCUUCGGAGCGCAGUGGGACCUCCCGCUGCGAUCCGAAGGCUUCAGGCGGCUAUCGCUGAAGCCAAGGCACCUGCAUUCGCUCCAUAAGACGCACACACAUUUCCCCUUAAUUUUUGGAGGGGAAAAAAUGCGUCUUAUAGAGUAAAAAAUACGGUACUUUCUUUUGUCGAUCCAGGACAUUUCAACAUUCAGCUACAUUGGAUGGUACCAUGGUUCUACAGUUAAGAGAGAAGGAGGAAGACUUCUUCCUAUCCACUCUGUCAAAACCACGCAUAAUAUUAUACACCUUUACCAUGUCUCUCAUUACUGGUAUUUGUCCCUAAACCAUCCUGUUGUGAACCGUCCUGAGAUCUAUGGGUAUUGGGCAGUAUACAAAUUUAACAAACAAACAAACAAACAGCCCUAAACACCAUGACCUUCCAUCACAGAGGACUUGCUCCAGCUACUUUUCUGAAUCUUUUCCAGUUCUACGAUAACCCUUUUGAGGUGUGGCAGCCAGAACUGUACUUACUAUUCCAAUACAGUGGUACCUCGGGUUACAUAUGCUUCAGGUUACAUAUGCUUCAGGUUACAGACUCCGCUAACACAGAAAUAUUACCUUGGGUUCAGAACUUUGCUUCAGGAUGAGAACAGAAAUCGUGCUUCGGCGGCGCGGCAGCAGCAGGAGGCCCCAUUAGCUAAAGUGGUGCUUCAGGUUAAGAACAGUUUCAGGUUAAGUACGGACCUCCGGAACGAAUUAAGUACUUAACCCAAGGUAAAACUGUAAUAUGGUUGUGCUAUAGAUUCUCUAGAGUGGCGUUAUGAUUUUGACAGCUUUAUUUUCAAUCCGUUUCAUUGAUAUUUUGCCUGCCUCACCUUUGCCACAAACUGGGGCCGGCAUUUUCAUCAAGCUAUCCGCUGCUGCCACAGUGUCCUUUUCUGGCUUCUCUCCUCCAUUGGCAACAUUUGCCAGAGAUGUGCUGCAAACUAGAAGGCGUUCUCAGCUUCAGAUGUGAAGAAUGUCCUGACAAUGCACUUUGCCUAGCCUUUCAGAACUCCUGUCCUCUAGAAUGCCUGUGCCCAUUCUCAAGCAGAACACUAAAUCUUGCUCUUUGAUGAGCACCUUCAAAGGAAUAAAGUAACUCUUAGAAGAUGAAGGAGCCUUGAGCUCUUUCUUCUGACCUUUUGAGAAGCCUCCCUCCUCAGCUGCAGCCAAAUAUAACCGUUGUGGAACUUUUUUUGCCCUUGUAUCCAAACCUCCAAGUGCAUGGAAGCUGUAUAAGCUACCCAUUCAUCAGGCCUGUAAGUAGGGAUGGAUCUGUUAGUUUGGGCACAGUCAGUUUCUAAUUUUUCCUGUAUUAUAUUCACUUCUUCAUAUUUCUGCAAUGAUUUGCAUGCCUUUUUUAAAAAAAAACCCCAAAACUCACGAAUAUGCCCUAGCAUUUUGGUGGAAAUUUCUCCUCUACUGUUUUGACUAAUCUACAGUUUUGCAAGCAAUUUCCCUCAACAGAACAUAUUUUAUAAGAUUAUUUUUUUAGCCACCCAGAGUGGCUGGGGAAACCCAACCAGAUGGGUGGGGUAUGUAUAAAUAAAUAAAUAAUUGCAGUAAUAUAGUCAUUUUAAUGCACAUUUCCCCCAAGAUGUUGUUGAUGUUGUUGUUGUUGUUAAAUUUGUACACAGUGGUACCUCUGGAUGCAAACAAGAUCCGUUCCAGAGUCCCGUUUGCAUACAGAAGUGGGUCGUGAUUUGCCGCUCCUGCACAUGCGCAUGAUGUCAUUUUGACUGUCUGCGCAUGCGCAAGCGGCGAAACCCGCAAGUAACGCGCUCCAUUACUUCCAAGUUGCCUCAGCGCGCAACCCGAAAAUACUUAUCCCGAAGCUACUUCAACCCGAGGUAUGACUGUACUGCCUUCAUGUGAAUAUCCCAGGGUGGUUCACAACAGAAAAAUCCAAAAUGAAAAUCCAAAAUAAAAAUAAAAUACACAAUAAAGCAAAAACAAACAAAGCCAAUAGCACCCCCCCCCACAAUAUAUGCACCUUUGUAAAUACUGCUUACUAAUAGAAUGGCAUUGCAAAAUUCAGAGAGGUGCGAGUAUUGAACGCUAGCUAUAUGUGAUGGCCUGGGAAUCUGAUUCAGAGGGUGAACCGGAGGAAUCCCAGCCUGCACAGGAGUCCCCGCCUCCAGGGCCGGCUGAACUGGGGCAGGGCCUUGAUUCUGAGGCGCCUACACCUGUGCCGGAUCGUCAGGAGCAGGCACCAGGUGAAUCCAUUCUGGCUCCAGAGGUGGUUGAGGACUCAGUGCCUACAGGUGAGUCUCCCCCUGGGUCCAGUAACCCUUCAGCCUCUCCUGAACUGCAGCGGCUCAGGGCAGAGAGGCGAAGGGAACUGGUUUCUCCCAGGAGGAGUGCUCGCCUUAAGGCCAGGAGAGGCGGGUCUCCUGGGGGCCGGGACCGCCCCUGGCCUCAGAGAAGAUAAAGGUCAGUCAGCCCGGUCCCAGGUUGCGGGAGCAACGUCAUCGUUGAGUACCUGCUCCUACCCGGACCCAGAUCUGACCUUCCAGUGUUCCUGUCCCCGCCCGGCUUCCUGCUUCUGACCUUCCAGUGUUCCUGUCCCCGCCCGGCUUCCUGCUUCUGACCUUCCAGUGUUCCUGUUCCCGCCCGGCUUUCUGCUUCGGACCUCGCCUCGCUCCUUGUGAACUGUUUCCAGGCUAGUGACUCAGGACUGGACUUUGACUAUGACAACAGUAACCUUCCCCCCGGGACUAGCACACUAAAUUUUGAAUCUUGUAUUGUUUUAGAACUUGUGAAUUAAGUAAGUUCACCUGGAAAUGUGAACAGAAUGGACUUUCCUCAUCCGUAGCUAUAAGAAUUAGUGUCUCUUAUCUUGAUUUUGUUUGUCCAGAGACCAAAGCAGAACAGAAAAGAAGAGUAUGUUCACAGUGAGCAACAAUGGCUACAUUGCUUUGCUUUUUAAAAAACCUAAUGUGUUGAAGCCGAUGUGCAUGUAUCUGCCCGGUUCACACCUAAAGCAGGGAAGAGGUGGGUCUACUCCAGAGGAGGCUGACAGACUACAACUUCCUUCAUUCCUGACCAUUGGCCAUGCCAGCCGGGGCUGAUGGGAGUUGUAGUCCAACAGCAUCUGGAAGACUCCAUGUUGGCUACCCCAUGUCUACUCUUUACAUGAAAAAAGGUCUUCCUUAGCAGCUGAUCACCAUAGCUCUCCUGAUCACAGCAGAGAAUAUAAAAAGGCAUGUCAUCUGUACAACACGCUUGUUCUGAUGAUUUAACAAAGGUAGUCUGGGCUUUCCAAACCCCAGCUCAUUUGUGCUGGUAAGGGUUUUAUCUCUCUGAAGUUGGAAUCACAUCAACAAACAAAUAUAGUGUGAAAUGCCAUCGUCGUGUAGUGAAGCAUCUCCAUCCCAUUCCACAUCAACAACGGCAGCUACUAAUGAAGGCAGAGAAAGGAAACUUGUUAUAUGACAGCACACCGUGAGAUGUUUAUACUAGUCAUUAUGCUGGGAAGGUAGAAACCAUGGCUGGGAAAUAAAUUCAGCUCAGCCUGCAUUUAAAGUUUACCUAAUCCACAACCAUAGGCAAACCAAAACACUGCCAUCAUUUUGACAUUCCCUCUUCUCCAAAUUUUGCAGUUCAGUUUUCCAGCCAGGUAAGCUAAAGGUAAAGGGACCCCUGACCAUCAGGUCCAGUCGUGACCGACUCUGGGGUUGCAGCACUCAUCUCACUUUAUUGGCUGAGGAAGCCGGCGUACAGCUUCCGGGUCAUGUGGCCAGCAUGACUAAGCCGCUUCUGGUGAACCAGAGCAGCGCACGGAAAUGCCAUUUAUCUUCCCGCCGGAGCAGUACCUAUUUAUCUACUUGCACAUUGACGAGCUUUUGAACUGCUAGGUUGACAGGAGCAGGGACCGAGCAACGGGAGCUCACCCCUUCGCAGGGAUUUGAACCGCUGACCUUCUGAUCAGCAAGUCCUGGGCUCUGUGGUUUAACCCACAGCGCCACCCGUGUCCCUAUCCAGCCAGGUAGUGUGUACAAAAUGCAUAUACUAAAGUAAAGUAUGCAUAGAAAUGGAUAUAUCGGUGAAAAUAACAAAAAAGGCAUUAUAUUAGAGAAAAGCUUUGAGAAAUGUGUAUAUUAUGCAAAAAUGUGUAUAUUGGGAGAAAUUGACACUAAAAUGAUGGCAAACUUUCAUGAUGUGCAGAUGUGGAGAACUGAACUUAAGACUGUGAAAAUGAUUCACUGGGAGAAACCUGAACUGGCAGAUUCUCCCAUCUCUAGAAGAAAUUCCAUACAAAGAAGCAGUUGAGGCAUAAAAGAGGCAACGUCUAGAGUUAGAUGGUCAUUAGCCACCAUCUGAGGAGAUGGUAGUUCAGGAAGAAGCUAGAGAUUAGCUAUGCUUCCUUGCAUUCUUUGUUAGUGGCAUAGAUACGUCGAAAGCCGGCAUAGGCAAAUUCGGCCCUCCAGGAUGUUUUGAGACUACAUCUACCAUCAUCACUAGCUAACAGGACCAGUGGUCAGGGAUGAUGGGAACUGUAGUCUCACAACACCUGGAGGGCUGAGUUUGCCUAUGCCUGGUCCAAAGUAUCUUCAUCUACCAGAAGCUGCCGAGGGUUUAUUUUGGCUUCACAACAUCAAAGUGGAAGGAAAGCAAAAGUCCCUGGAGGUAUCCCUAUUCUGACUGGGGUGAAUGGCAUUCAGACUAUGGCUAUUGAUGACUCUUAGGCACGAUGGCUACGCUCUGCCUCCAUGUCAGAGGCAGCCAUGCUUCCGAAUACCAGUUGCUGGCACUGCAGGAGGAGAGAAUGCUCUUCUGCUUAGGUCCUGCUUGCUGAUUUCCCACAGCCAUCUGGGUGGCCAUUAUAAAAACAGAAUGCUAGACUAGAUGGGCCAUUGACCUGAUACUGGAAGGUUCUUCUUCUGUUCUUAGGGCUGCCAAAAAGAAAAAGAGGGCAAAUGAGGUUUUAGAACAUGCAUAGGCAAACUCGGUCCUCCAGAUGUCUUGGGACUACAACUCCCAUCACCCCUGACCACUGGUCCUGUUACAGUAGCUAGAAGCCCAGUUUCUUCAAAGUUCCGCUCAGAUACUCCUACAGGCAGUGCUAUUUUUUUUAGAAAAAGAGGUGCCAGAACUCACCAUGAACACCUCCCUUGUUCUCUUAGAACAACAACAACAACAACAACAACAACUUAUUAUUUAUACCCCGUCCAUCUGGAUGGCAAUGGCGCCCACCUGAGAGGUGCUAGAACUGAAUUCCGGCGAGUUCUGGCUGAAAAAAGCUCUGCCUACAGGUCUCCCUACAUUUGAUGACACUCUCCGUAUGCACAAGAAGGAAGCUGGUGUAAUUACAGCCCAAGGGCAAUUUUAUGUGUCCCAAUAGACGCUUCCACAAAGCAAAAGGAAUAUAAAUUUUGGACCAGUGGAAGGAAAGCUUCUGUUGCUAAAUCCAAUGGGCAAACACAUAUUUUUAAAAAGAGUGCUCUACUUCAACUUGAAUGUCAGCUCUGCUGCGAUUUAGAGUCUGUUGGCCCUUGCUCUAGUUUUUAUCUUAAAAGCAAAGUCAGGAGCAUUAAACUUGUUUCUCUACUUUUCUGCUUUGUCUUUUAAAGCUAGCUGCUUUGCAAAAAAAAUCUGGAGCUUUAACUCCUUGGCUCCUCUGCUGGUAGUUUUUCUUGUAAUAAAGAACCAGAUUGAACUCAUGAGUUCCCUCAGCAGAAGCCCAGUACAAGGACCUUUGCGUGAACAACUAGGAUUUAUCCCUGUUCUCCUCCCCUGUGUGCCACUUACAACCCCCCCUAAUACAUGGCUCAGGGGAGGGGAGUCAGGAGAACUUUUAGAACAGUGCAGGGAGGAGGAGAGGGGGUAUCAUUCCACCUAGCAAGCCCAAAUCCUUGCCCUGAUGGAAUGAUCACCUUAGCAUGAUGCUGAAUUCCUCCUGAAGGAUGCACAUACAGUCCUGUGCACACUCAUACUUGGGAGAAAGCUCCAUUGAAUGCAGUAGGACUAACGUCUGGAUAAAUCCAGAUGGGAUCAGUCUGGGUGGCUGCCAUUUUGUGCAAGCUUACAUGUAAGUCUUAACUUGGAGUCUACAACUAGCUUGGAGUCAUAGCUUGUUCAGGUGUUCCUGCAGGCCAGGGGUGAGGAUUUUCAGGUCUGGAGGACAACUGCAACCUCCCAUCUCACAGGCCUCUGUGCCCAGCCCCUGGCACUCUCCCCAGACCAUCUCCCUUUCUGGCCCUGCUCUGCACCUUUCUCAAGUGCUCUUACCUGACUUGGACAUGCACUUGGGCUGUGAAAAUGCCUCUUGCUCACACAGAUGGUUGAUUAUGAUGAUGCGUCUUUUGCCUUGGCUGAAACAUAGCCUGAUGUAUAAUGGAAAGUGUUGUCUAUGCUCUACCUCCACGUUCCAUAGAAUCAUAGAAUCAUAGAAUCAUAGAGUUGGAAGAGACCACAAGGGCCAUCGAGUCCAACCCCCUGCCAAGCAGGAAACACCAUCAGAGCACUCCUGACAUAUGGCUGUAAAGCCUAAUCUUAAAGACCUCCAAAGAAGGAGACUCCACCACACUCCUUGGCAGCAAAUUCCACUGUCGAACAGCUCUUACUGUCAGGAAGUUCUUCCUAACGUUUAGGUGGAAUCUUCUUUCUUGUAGUUUGGAUCCAUUGCUCCGUGUCCGCUUCUCUCUCUUUUUUUUUUUUACAGUGUAAUUAAUUAAUAUUUUAUAAAAGUUUCAGAAAUAAUAAAAUCACAUUAAUAAACAAGAAAAUUUUUAACAAAAACAGAAAAAAAUACACCAUAAAAAAUACAAAGUACAAAAUAUAAAAAAGUAAAAAAAGAAAAAAGAAAAAAGAAAAAAAAACAGUUAAAAAUAGUUCCGUCUUUUCAUAACUUCUUUUACAUUUACUUAUUUCCCGGACUUCCUCAUACCUCCCUCUUUUGUAUUCCAAUUCAGUUUGUAAGCCCAGCAAUUUCUUUCCCUCCUUUUUAAUUCCAAUCCUAAAUCUUAAUAUAUUAUGACAUUAAAUUUUUACCUAUUUAGAACCAAUUUUUCCAUUUCUCUUAACCUUUUUGAUCCUAAUCCUUAAUCUUGAUAUAUUUAUAGCUUUAAAACCUGUACAGCUAGAAGCCACUUAACUUCAAUCCAACAUCACUCUAACAUUCAUUAAUUUUGCAAUGUUUCUGUAAAUAAUCUUUAAAUUUCUUCCAAUCUUCUUCCACCGACUCUUCUCCCUGGUCACGGAUUCUGCCAGUCAUUUCCGCCAAUUCCAUGUAGUCCAUCAUUUUCAUCUGCCAUUCCUCCAGUGUGGGUAGCUCUUGUGUCUUCCAAUACUUUGCGAUGAGUAUUCUUGCUGCUGUUGUAGCAUACAUAAAGAAAGUUCUGUCCUUUUUCAACACCGAUUGGCCGACUAUGCCCAGGAGAAAGGCCUCUGGUUUCUUCAAGAAGGUAUAUUUAAAUACCCUUUUUAAUUAAUUAUAUAUCAUCUCCCAGAAAGCCUUAAUCUUUGGGCACGUCCACCAAAGGUGGAAAAAUGUACCUUCAGUUUCUUUACAUUUCCAACAUUUAUUAUCGGGCAAAUGGUAGAUUUUUGCAAGCUUGACUGGGGUCAUGUAACACCUGUAUAUCAUUUUCAUAAUAUUCUCUCUUAGGGCAUUACAUGCCGUGAACUUCAUGCCUGUGGUCCAUAACUGUUCCCAGUCAGCAAACAUAAUAUUAUGUCCAACAUCUUGUGCCCAUUUAAUCAUAGCAGAUUUCACCGUUUCAUCCUGAGUAUUCCAUUUCAACAGCAAGUUAUACAUUCUUGACAAAUUCUUAGUUUUGGGUUCUAACAGUUCUGUUUCUAAUUUUGAUUUUUCCACCUGGAAGCCAAUUUUCUUGUCCAAAUUGUAUGCCUCCAUUAUCUGAUAAUAAUGAAGCCAGUCUCGCACUUUGUUUUUUAGUUUUUCAUAACUCUGCAAUUUCAAUCUGUCUCCAUCUUGUUCCAAAAUUUCCCAAUAUUUUGGCCAUUUGACCUCCAUAUUGAGCUUUUUCAAGGCUUUCGCUUCCAUUGGUGACAGCCACCUUGGAGUUUUGUUUUCCAAUAAAUCCUUGUAUCUUAUCCAAACAUUAAACAAUGCUUUACUGACAAUAUGGUUUUUAAAUGCUUUAUGCGCUUUGACCUUGUCAUACCACAGAUAUGCAUGCCAUCCAAAUACGUUGUUAAAACCUUCUAAAUCCAAAAUGUCAGUGUUUUCAAGAAGCAGCCAUUCUUUCAACCAGCAGAAAGCUGCUGAUUCAUACUAAAGUUUAAGGUCUGGCAGGGCAAAUCCACCUCUAUCCUUUGCAUCUGUUAGUAUUUUAAAUUUUAUUCUGGGCUUCUUGCCCUGCCAGACAAAUCUAGAAAUAUCUCUCUGCCACCUCUUGAAACAGUCCAUUUUGUCCACAAUUUGCAAUGUUUGAAACAAAAACAACAUUCUAGGCAAUACAUUCAUUUUUACAGCAGCAAUACGACCCAGCAGUGAAAGCUUCAGGUUUGACCAAAUUUCUAAGUCUUUUUUCACUUCAGCCCAACAUCUUUCAUAGUUAUCUUUGAAUAAGUUCCCAUUUUUGCUGUCAAGUUAAUCCCCAAAUAUUUAACUUUCUUAACCACUGUUAAACCUGUCUCAUUCUGAAACCUCUCUCUCUCUAUUGGUGUUAGAUUUUUCUCUAAAACCUUAGUUUUUACCUUAUUCAAUUUAAAUCCUGCAACUUGACCAAAUUCUUGAAUCAAUUCUAAAACCCUUUUGGUACUAGAUUCUGGCUCCUGUAACGUCAGUACUAAGUCGUCUGCAAAUGCUCUCAAUUUGUACUGUUUGAACGUGUCCGCUUCUCUGGAGCAGCAGAAAACAACCUUUCUCCCUCCUCUAUGUGACAUCCUUUUAUAUAUUUGAACAUGGCUAUCAUAUCACCCCUUAACCUCCUCUUCUCCAGGCUAAACAUGCCCAGCUCCCUUAGCCGUUCCUCAUAAGGCAUCGUUUCCAGGCCUUUGACCAUUUUGGUUGCCCUCCUCUGGACACGUUCCAGUUUGUCAGUGUCCUUCUUGAACUGUGGUGCCCAGAACUGGACACAGUACUCCAGGUGAGGUCUGACCAGAGCAGAAUACAGUGGCACUAUUACUUCCCUUGAUCUAGAUACUAUACUCCUAUUGAUGCAGCCCAGAAUUGCAUUGGCUUUUUAGCUGCCGCGUCACACUGUUGGCUCAUGUCAAGUUUGUGGUCAACCAAGACUCCUAGAUCCUUUUCACAUGUACUGCUCUCAAGCCAGGUGUCCCCAUCUUGUAUUUGUGCCUCUCAUUUUUUUGCCCAAGUGCAAUACUUUACAUUUCUCCCUGUUAAAAUUCAUCUUGUUUGUUUUGGCCCAGUUCUCUAAUCUGUCAAGGUCGUUUUGAAGUGUGAUCCUGUCCUCUGGGGUGUUAGCCACCCCUCCCAGUUUGGUGUCAUCUGCAAAUUUGAUCAGGAUGCCCUUGAGUCCAUCAUCCAAGUCGUUGAUAAAGAUGUUGAAUAAGACCGGGCCCAAGACAGAACCCUGUGGCACCCCACUAGUCACUCUUCUCCAGGAUGAAGAGGAACCAUUGAUGAGCACCCUUUGGGUUCGGUCAGUCAGCCAGUUACAAAUCCACUGAGUGGUAGCAUAGUCAAGACCGCAUUUUACCAGCUUCUUUACAAGAAUAUCAUGGGGCACCUUGUCAAAUGCCUUGCUGAAAUCAAGGUAGGCUACAUCCACUGUGUUCCCUUCAUCUACCAGGCUUGUAAUUCUGUCAAAAAACGAGAUCAGGUUAGUCUGACAUGACUUAUUUUUCAGAAAUCCAUGCUGACUAUUGGUGAUCACAGCAUUCCUUUCUAGGUGCUCACAGACUGUUUGCUUAAUGAUCUGCUCCAGAAUCUUCCCUGGUAUUGAUGUCAGACUGACUGGGCAGUAAUUAUUUGGGUCCUCUCUUUUCCCCUUUUUGAAAAUAGGGACAGCAUUUGCCCUCCUCCAGUCUGCCGGGACUUCGCCUGUUCUCCAGGAAUUCUCAAAGAUGACUGCCAGUGGUUCUGAGAUCACAUCUGCCAGUUCUUUUAAUACUCUUGGAUGCAGUUCAUCUGGCCCUGGAGACUUGAAUACAUCUAAACUAGCCAAGUAUUCUUGUACUAUCUCCUUAGUUAUUCUGGGCUGUGUUUCCUUUGCUGAAUCAUUUGCUCCAAAUUCUUCAGGUUGGGCAUUGUUUUCUUUAUCGGAGAAGACUGAGGCAAAGAAGGCAUUGAGGAGUUCAGCCCUUUCUGUGUCCCCUGUUUGCAUUUCACCAUCUUCUCCUCUGAGUGACCCCACUGUUUCUUUGUUCUUCCUUUUGCUACGAACAUACCCAUAAAAGCCUUUUUGUUGCUUUUAACCUCUCUAGCAAGCCUGAGUUCAUUCUGUGCUUUAGCUUUUCUGACUUUGUGUCUACACGUGCUGGCUAUUUGUUUGAAUUCCUCUUUGGUGGUUUCCCCCUUUUCCAUUUUUGUACACAUCCUUUUUAAUCUUAACUCAGUUAAAAGUUCUUUAGAUAGCCACCCUGGCUUCUUUAGGCACCUUCCAUGUUUCUGUCUCAUUGGUAUUGCCUGACGGUUGUGCUUUUAGUAUCUCCCUCUUAACAAACUCCCAGCCAUCAUGAACUCCCUUUCCUUUUAGUAUUACUGUCCAUGGGAUCUCACCCAGCACUUCCCUAAGUUUUAUGAAGUCGGCUUUCUUAAAGUCAAGAAAUUGAGUCCUAGUAUGCUUGGCUGCUCCUUUCUGCUGUAUAGUAAACUUCAGAAGAGCAUGAUCACUCGCGCCUAAUGAUCCUUCCACUUCUACCCCACUAACCAGGUCAUCAACAUUGGUUAGGACCAGAUCUAAAAUGGCUGUUCCUCUUGUUGCUUCUCCCACUUUCUGGACAAUGAAGUUGUCUGCAAGGCCAGUGAGGAAUCUGUUUGACCUUAUGCUCUUGGCUGAGUUUGACAUCCAACAAAUAUCCGGGUAAUUGAAGUCCCCCAUUACUACUAUCUCCCUUCCUUUUGCAUGCUUGGCCAUCUGUUCCAGGAAGGCAUCAUCUAUGUCCUCCGUUUGGCUUGGGGAUCUAUAGUAAACUCCCACAAUGAGGUCACUGUUAUUCUUCUCUCCCUUAAUUUUGACCCAAAUGCUCUCACUUUGGCUUUGAGGUUCUAAAUCUUGGAUCUCUUCACAGGUAUACACAUCCCUGACAUAUAACGCCACUCCUCCUCCUUUCUUGUCUGGUCUGUUUCUCUGAAAUAGAUUGUAUCCCCCAUUAUUACAUUCCAAUCGUGGGACUUAUCCCACCAGGUUUCAGUGAUGCCUAUUAUGUCAUAUUUAGUUUGCUGUACCAAGAGCUCAAGCUCAUCUUGUUUAUUUCCCAUGCUUUGCGCAUUAGUGUACAGACAUUGAAGUCCAUUAAUCAUUCCCCCGUGUCUCUUAUUUAAGGAUUUUUUCCUCCCACCACUAGGUCUGCGUGCUGUUUGCUCCAUGCAGUAAUGCAUCUGAAUAUCAGUUGCUGGAAACCACAAGUGGGAAAUGUGCUCCUGUGCUCAGAUCCUGCUUGCAGGCUUGCCACAGGCAUCUGGUUGGCCACUGUGAGAACAGGAUGCUGGACUAGAUGGGCCAUUGGCCCAAUCCAGCAGGCUCUUCCUAUGUUCUUCUGCCACACCUGUUGCUCUGGUUCCACCCACUUUUGCCACUCACAGUGUGGCUUGUGGCCUCUGAAAGCAUGCCCAUAAAGGAAUGCAGCCUUGCCCACCACUACCCAGGUUACUUGGAGAACAGCCUUAUACAAUUUUUGCCCUCUGACAGCCAUAGAACUACUGAUCAUGGUGCUCAUAGGGAAGACAGCAGCACAACCCUCCAUUUGAAGGAUCAUGAAAAGAGGCCAGGAAAGAAACACUAUGCAUUGUUAUAUUUUGGUUAUGACUCCUUCUUCAUGUCUCAGGAGCCAUAGAUCAACUGUUAGUGUUUAGUGACCUUCUGCCUAAGAGUAGAGAGCCCCUGGGUGGUUCUAACUUGUGUAGCUGGCAUUGAAUUGCAGAUAAUCUAAGAUGACACAGACCUUGGCAACCUUCUGUGAGUAAUCUUUUCAGCAGGAUAAGCUCUUGUUGAACAAUUCCUUCAAUGUACUUUUGUUUUGUACACACUCACGGCCAUCAUUUCAAUCCACAUCACUAUAGAUUUGUUUCUUCUCUCUCCACCGGCCGACACUGCCUUCAAUGAAAAAUAACAUCUCAGCCACUGCGGUGUGGUCACGUGCUUACUUCAUAGCCUAGAGUGCCACUGAAGUGGGUAAAGCUUUUUCACUUUGCUUGGUUGAUGAGCAGUAUAUAGAAUCAUAGAAUCGUACAGUUGGAAGGGACCCCAAGAGUAAUCCAGACCAACCCCCUGCAAUGCAGGAAAAUCAGCUAAAGCAUCCAUGAUGGACGGCCAUUCAACCUCCUCUCCAAGGAAGGAGAGUCCACCACCUCUCGUGGGAGUCUGUUCCACUGUCAAACAGCUCUUGCUGCCAGAAAGCUUUUCCUGAUGUUUAGUCAGAAUCACCUUUCUUGUAAGUUGAAGUCAUUGGUUUGAGUCCUACCCUCCAGAGCAGGAGAAAACAAGCUUGUUCCCUCUUCCAUGUGACAGCCCUUGAGAUAUCAUAUCUCCCCUUGGUCUCCUCUUUUCCAGCCACUUCAACUGUUCCUCAUAAGGCCUGGUUUCCAGACCCUUGAUGUUAAGGACUGGGCAGACCACCUCCCUCCAAGAUCCUUCCAGAGAGGAGGAAGAGGAUGGACGUAGGAUUGUGGUGGUUUGAGAUGGGUCACACCCCAUAAGAUGAAAGGAGCAAGAUAACAGUGAACAGAGACAGGAGUCAGAUGUGUUAGAAACAGUACUGUGGCCAAGUGACAUGCUGUCUCUGGAGAGUUUGCCAGAGCCACCUGCUUCCCCUAGCAUCAGACAUGCCGUUCGUGUUUCAGAGCAAAAAGCCAAACAGAGAAAUUCCCUUAGCAGCCACCAUAGGCAGAAGGAGGGGUCUGAAUGCUAGGCAGUAACUGCCAGGGGGGCACUCUAAGCAACGUUGGUUCAAGUGUGAGGAUGUACAUUCCAUGUCUUCCUGUGUUUCUGUGGAUUAAAAUAAAGUAGCUGAAAAGCUCUCUCUCUGAUUUCACUAGGCAGAUAGCCAGUGAGCUGUUGACGGCACCCCUGACACUUGAUCAUCUUGGUUGCCCUCCUCUGCACAUGUUCCAGCUUGUCAACAUCCUUCCUAAAAUGUGGUGCCCGGAGUUGGACACAGUAUUCCAGGUGUGGUCUGAUCAAGGCAGAAAAGAACUUCCCUUGAUCUGGACACUAUACAUCUGUUGAUGCAGCCUAGAAUAGCAUUAGCUUUUCUCCCCCCCCCCCCGCUGCAUCACAUGUCAACCAAGCUUGUGGUCCGCCAAGACCCCUAGUCCCUUUUCACAUGUACUGCUAGUAAGCCAGUUCAUAAAUCAGGAGUGGGGAACCUCAAGCCCAGGGGGCAAAUACGGCCACCAAACUUCUCUAGCUGGCCCUCAGAACUUUCCCCAGGCUACACCCCAGGUGUCUUUGCCUGACUGGGAUAUUUCCUAGAACUCUGAUAAUGCCUCUUGCUUCCUUGGGUAAGGAUAGGAAGCAGUGUGCAUAGAAACUAGCCUACUGUACUGUCCUCCAUCCACUUUUUGCACCUGGCUCUACUCACUGGUGGCAUGCGGCCCUUGGAAGGUUUCCUAGAAGGCAUUGCAGCCCCCAGGCUUAAGAAGGUUCCCAACCCCUUGUGGUUGUUGGCAUCUGUCUGCUAUAUGCUAGGGAAUCUUUAACUUGGAGUGCUCUGGCAAUCAGAGCCGUUUUCCCCAUAGGGCUUAGUGGCGUGUCGCGCCAGGGUGCUGGCCUCUCAGGGGUGCCCCAGCAAGUGGGGGAGCUGUGCGGCUUUGCCGGCGGCCUCCCCUUUCCCUGCACGCCCGCCAGCUGCGCCCCACCAACCAUAAGGCUAGCGGGCAUGCAGCUUCCCUCCCAAGCCUCUGCGGGGAUUGCUCUCCUCCCGAGGAGGCUUGGGAGGGGCGCAACUUCACUCCCAAGCCCCGGGAUUGCUCUCCCUCAGUGGCAUGGGGGAGAGUUGUGCCCCCCCGGAUGGCUGGCAGUGCGCAGCUAUGUCCACCCAACACUAUCCGUGGUACUUUGGGGGCGCUGGGCGGAUAUUUGCACCCCGGCACCACAUCUGCUAAAGACAGCCCUGCUGGCAAUACCAGUUGAUGGAGACACCAGACGAUGGCUUUCAGGUGUGAAGCAGAAAGAACAGGCCAACCCAAAUGAUUGAGGGGCUGGAGCAGCUCCCCUUUGAGGAAUGCUUGGGCCUUUUUUGAACUUGGUAAGAAAUACGGAGGCAAGAAAGGGUGACAAACAUGUAUGCAGGAUGGUCAAGAGAAAGUAGAUAGCGAAACAUUCUCUCCGUCUCUUGUAACUCUAUAACCCAGUGGUAAUCCAUUGAAGCUGAUUGGUGGAAGAUUCCAAAUAGACAAGAGGAAGGACUUUUCUUUGUGCUGUGUGUGAAAUUCACUCUCCCAAGAGGCAGUGAUGGCCACCUGCUUGGGUGGCUUUAAAAGAGAAUUGGAUAAAUUCAUGGCCCAUAAAUCUAUCAGUGGCUACUGGCCAGGAGGAUAGCUGGGUUUUGUGUUUGCUGAUGGAGGCAGAUGCCCCUCCCUGAAUACCAGAUAAAGAUGAGAUUAUCAGUGUCUACUAGCUGAGUUGGUUGUACAGUGGUACCUAGGGAUAAGAACUUAAUUUGUUCUGGAGGUCUGUUCUUAACCUGAAACUGUUCUUAACCUGAAGCACCACUUUAGUUAAUGGGGCCUCCUGCUGCUGCUGCUGCGCCGCUGCACGAUUUCUGAUCUCAUCCUGAAGCAAAGUUCUUAACCCGAGGUACUAUUUCUGGGUUAGUGGAGUCUGUAACCUGAAGCUUAUGUAACCUGAAGCGUAUGUAACCGGAGAUACCACUGUAUACUACUGUCUCUAGCAUCAGGCAGCAAGCUUCUGAAAACCAGUAGCUGGGAAACAUGAAAAGAGAGCAAGAGAGAGAACUGUUGCUACGUAUUUUAUUCAUGGGUGUUGGGAGAUAUUGUUUGCUUGUUUGUUAUUAUGUUAUGUAUUUUUGUGCUGUUAUACUGCAAACCACCCAGUGAUCUUCUGAUGAAGGCCGCUAUAUAAAUUUAAUAAAUAUUGAUAAUAAUAAGCUCAGAUCCACCUCCACUAUAAUGGUGCCUGGAUACCGCCACUGCAAGAUAGGGGCAAGAUAUAAUUUGCUUUGGGGGCAAAUUCUUGUUUUUAUCUUCUUUUUUUACAUAGUCACUGUUUUUCAAUUACUGAUGAUACAUUAGAGCAUGUCAGGAUGCAUCAUGUACAGUGGUGCAACCUACCAUGACCUUGAGGCAUUGCAAUGUAUAUGCUGCAUUGCAAGAGACAUUCAAAUAUGUUCUUUAUAUAGUCUGGCCACCAUUGCAGAGAGGAGACUAUUCUCCACAGCAGCAGAGAAUUCAGCCCUGCAUAGGAGAGUUAUAGGGUGCUUCCAGGUGAGUGUUCCAGAUGACCAACAACUUUUGUUUUUUGGGCAGUGUCCACAUGACACCCUUGGUAUAAAAAUGGCAGCUUGUAUCCCCAUUUAAUCCAGAUGUACUCUUCAUGCAGAAAAUUCCAUAAGAUUUUUAAAAAAUAUAUAUAUAGGGUGGGGGGGAAACUGUUGCUGAUUACUCAUUUGCAUUAUAUGACUGACACCUCUGCAAUAUUAAGUGCCAGUCUGGAAGCACCCAGGGUGACUCUGAAACACACUCAUGUUUGACUAUACACCAGAGUCUUGUGACGUUACAGGGUUGUUCUGAAGAGAAGUUCCAGUAGGUGAGAUCCAAUGCCGCCAUUUUGGUCCCAUAGCUGAUUUUGAUCCAGUGGAGGCAUCCCUUCCCCCAUGCAGCACCUCCCAUGCCACUCUUUGUGCUGUUUUGGAGGGUCUCUCCAUCGGUGCAGGGACAUAGGAUGGGAAGAGGACAUGAAGAAGAAGAAGAGGAGGAGGAGGAGGAGGAGGAGGAAGAGGAGGAGGAGGAGUUUGGAUUUGAUAUCCCGCUUUAUCUUUACCCUAAGGAGUCUCAAAGUGGCUAACAAUCUCCUUUCCCUUUCUCCUCCACAAUAAACACUCUGUGAGGUGAGUGAGGCUGAGAUACUUCAGAGAAGUGUGACCUGCCCAAGGUCACCCAGCAGCUGAAUGUGGAGGAGCGGGGAAGCAAACCUGGUUCACCAGAUUAUGAGUCUACCAUUCUUAACCACUACACCACACUGGCUCUCAGUGACAGAAUAUCACCUCCCCUUACCUUAGCAGGCACCUUUGUUGCAAGUGGAACAGCAGCAGGGCAUUUCACCCCACGGGUGCUGACCUGAGGAACAACAGAACACAUAUGUGAUCAUCCAACCCCAACCCUUGUGAAAGGUCUAUCAUUUAGUUAGCUGUGGGGCACAAGGCAGGUAAAGGAAAGGAGGGAGAGUCCAUAUCUGAACAUAUGUUUACAUAAACUGUCUAAUCCUCACCCUACAGGUAAGCUAAACUUCUCUAGCCUGAAAGCUGCAUUCAGCCCUGGUCAACCCUCUGCCCAAAAGUGGGUGUGGCUAUCCAACACCCUCUCAUGCAAAUCCACAUUGAGAAGGUCACACAAGGACCCUGGAAGGUGCAACAGCUUUCCCAUACUCUCCAUUUAUUUAUUUAUUUGCUUACUUUUUGGCCAUGUCCCUAAGGUUGCAUUGACGUAUGCAAGUUGCGUGUUCAGACCCAGAGACCUCCUCGCUAAAUACACAUUUGACUCUAAUUUUAGUUUUGGUUUUUGGCAGAAUUUAGGCCACAGCUUUACUGAUUACAGAAAAGUGAGUGGUUGCAUAGACUGUGGUUUGACUAGCUCUCUGCACCCUUGCAGGUAGCACUGACCUAUCGUAGGUCAGCCAAGGGUGAACACCUGAGGAAGGUGAAAAGCCUGGGAGCAGACUCUGUUCACUCCUCAGAUGCUCCCCUGGACUCAGGCAUGGGGACAACCCCUUUUCGGGGGUUGACCAAACCAAGUUGAGUCCCUGGAUUCCUUUAACAGAAUACUCUUCACAUAGGGAUGGCGAGAGCGUUCUCCCAUUCCUGUCACCUGAACCAGUGCCUAUCCGCAACCUUACAAGUUGUGACAAAUUGCUACUCAGCAGGCGAAACCUAAAUGGCUAUAGCCAAUCAGCCAAGUGGGGGAAAUUCCUGCCAUGCCCCUGUCCCAACGACAGACGACACAUGACGGCAUAGCAAGGUCAAUCACAAAAUGCCCUAAAAGUAGGGAGAGGUGGGCGGGUGUUCUGAUGCACAAGCCGAAAGAGGAAGCUCUGGGUCAUGUGCAUGGGUUUAUAUAGGUCCCUCAAUCCGUUUAGACUGCACCCCAUUGGCCAGAUUAAACCCAGCAAUGAGGGACCAAUCGGGUGUUGUGGCUAUCCAACAGACCCACCCACAACCAGGAGGUCAGUCUCCAGGUCUUACCCCAAGACGUGCCCUCUUUUAGGGAGGACACAAUUUACACGUUAUGUGGUGGGCCCACUGUACUGUGUUGCAUGAAAAAGCGCUUUCUUUUGUCUAUCCUGAAUCUACUGACAAUUUCCUUGGAUUACUGAUGUUCUAGCAUUCUGCAAGAUGGAGCAGAACAGUGAUGUGGUUGCCUGAGUUUUGUACAGGUUUCUCGGGGCUUCUUUGUGGGAAAAGGCAGGAUACACAUUUACUAAUAGACAAAGAAGUGGUUUGGUUUUUAAUUUUGAUUGCAGUGCUCUUAAUGUUGCGUCUCUGUUUCCCUGAACCUUUCUUAGCCUCCUUGGGAGGGUUUUCUACCCUGAAAGGCAGGGUACACAUUUAUUAAAGAACUGCAUGAAAUAAUUGAGCAGGGAGCCUGGCCUGUUCCCAUAUCUUUUAACGGAAGCUUGAUCUGCAGAAAUCACCAGGCAGAGGUUUCUAGAGCAUGGAGAUAAACAAGGCCGCCUGCUGAAGCCUUCAGAUGCAGCUGCUGCAGGGGCCUGUUGAAAAUCAGGAAAUGCAUUAAAUGCUCAUUGUGAUCAAAAACUCAAAGGUUCACCACUCCGCAGUGGUGUGGAUUUUGCAUACUGUAGUCGGAUGUCAAGAUGUGCAUUGAACAGCAUCACAGAGUUCAGAUGAGCUUUGGCUUGGAGGGCAUUAUCUUUAGAGUGCAUAAUUGCUGCAUGUUAAUUUUAUUUUAUCGUUAGCUGCCAUGAGCGUUGGGCCUUGCUGGCAGGAUCCAAAUUCAGUAUCUGCAGAAAAGAGAAAUAAAUUCUAAAUCUGACUCUGGAUCAAGCUCCGCAGCUUUUGACCAUUAUGGCGUUGAUCGCUUUUGUUCCUUGUCUUAGACUUGCAAAAAUUGUGGUGAUGGGCAGUGUGUCACAAGCUCUCAGCAUUCCACGAAUGGGAGUCUCCUGCAACUUAUAGCAUGCAUUGACUUAUUUGUGGUAGCCCCCAUUUAUGGAAUGCUGCCGCUUCUCAUUGCUUUGAUACCAGGCACAGGUGUUUUUGUUUUCCCAGGCCUGUAAUGGGUCUAUGUGAUUUUCUUAUUGCAUUCUCCCCCCCCCCCUUGGUUGUAAAUUAUUUCACAACUCUUUUACUAGGAAGCAGCACACAGGCCAUAAGCACACCAUACACUGAAAGCACUAUCAUACCACUUUGACAGACCCUCCAAGUGUCCCUAUUUUUUCAGGGACAGUCCCAAAUUUACAAAAGCUGUCCCAGUUUCUGAUUUGAUCCCGGAAUGUCCCACUUUUCCUUAGGAUGUCCCUAUUUUCAUUGGAGAAAUGUUGAGGGUAUGGUAUGGAGUCACGCGGCCCCAGAGUCAAGGAGAUAAGUAACUACAGCGGAACCUCAGUUGUCGAACGUAAUCUGUUCUGGAAGACCAUUUGACUUCCAAAACAUUAGACAACCGGGGCGCAAUUGCCAGUCGGCAAAUUCAUUUUAAAAAUAGAGAAACACAUCUCAGAAGCUGUUCGACUUCCGAGGUGCGUUCAAAAAUGGAAGCAUUCACUUCCAGGUUGUCAGCGUUCAGGUUCCGAAUUGUUCAGCUUCUGAAGCGUUUAACAACUGAGGUGCCAGUGUAUACAACCUUUUGAAGACACCUGAAGGCAGCCCUGUAUAGGAAAGGUUUUUUAAAAAUGCUUAAUGUUUUAUUAUGUUUUUAUAUGUGUUGGAAGCCCCCCAGAGUGGCUGGGGCAACCCAAUAUAAUACCCAGCAAGGUAUUAUUAUUAUUAUUAAUUUUGUUAUUAUUAAUAUCCCUAUUUUCAGUGCUUUUUUCUCAUUUUGACUCGAGAAAAUCACCAUUUUAUAGUUCAAAAUGGGGAAAAAUAAAUACAGUAAAUGGACAAAUGGACAAAGAUUCACAAAAUGUUUAGGGGUAUGUGUACCCCUGCAUCCCUCCACACAAAAAAAAAGCAUUGCAUAUUUUCAUCAGAGAAAUGUUGGAGGCUAUGCUUUAAACAGUCAUGGCUUCCCCCAAAGAAGCCCGAGAACUGUCCUUUGUUAAGGGUGCUGAGAGUUGUUAGGUGACACCCUACUCCCCACAUGGAGCAACAUUUUCCAGAGUUCACUGGGAGGAGGGAUUGGCCUUGCAGUUUGAAAGCACACCAGUGCAAGUAGAUAAAUAGGUACUGCUGCGGUGGGAAGGUAAAUGGCGUUUCUCUGUGCUCUUGUUUCCGUCAGAGUGUUCCAUUGUGCCAGAAGUGGUUUAGUCAUAUUGGCCACAUGACCUGGAAAGCUGUCUGUGGACAAACGCCGGCUCCCUCGGCCUGAAGUGAGAUGAGUGCCACAACGCCAUAGUCGCCUUUGACUAGACUUAACCAUCCAGGAGUCCUUUACUUUUUUCCCUAUGUGGGUUAGAGGUGCUGCUGAACUUCAGGAGACCAAAAAAGGUUUAUUUCCUGGCAUGGAGAUGUUCACCAUUAUGAGAUCCAAGAACCUUUCUGACUCGGGGGGAAAUUCUUUAAUUUGCAGCCAACUCUCCCGCAUGUACUCAAGUAGCUUCUAUUCUCAUCAUACUUCUUGGCCACAGCAAUUCCCUCCCAGCUGUGUGCUGAAGGAUAUGACGAAGGCUUUGCAACCUUUAUGCUGCCACAGAAUGUCUCUCCCUUGGCCCAUUUGACUGCCUUACAUUCCUCUAAAGCAACAUUUUGCAGCCAGAUUUCAAUUGACCCUAUUACAGUUGUUGUUGUUAAUUACAUCCUUCCUUUCCACCCAAAUGGCUCUUUUGCUGUUUAGUGGAUUUGGACAGCCCCUCUUCCACAACCUGGUCCUCUCCAGAUGUUUUAAACUGCAACUCCUGUCAUCCCAAACCAUUGGCUCGUCUCUUAUCUGAAAGCCCUAGUCAUAAAAUCGUAUAGUUGGAAGGGCCCCCAAGAGUCAUCUAGUCCAACCCCCUGUAAUGCAGGAAUCCUGCCCCUUGGUGGUCUCAAACCACCAUCUUCUGGUUAAUGGCCAGACGCAUUUACCCAUAGCAUCACCUGGCACUUUUGAUGGGUUUAUCUUUUAAACCAGAGAUGGGGAAACAAUGACAUUCCAGGUUUUGUGGUAUUCUCAUCCAUCGCAAUCAACAUGACCAAUGGUCAGAGUUCCACCCACUCUCUGGAACACAGUUCCAUAUGCAGUUCAUGAGGCAGGAACUGUGAACCGCCCUGAGUUCUGUGAACUGCCCUGGGAUGUGGGUGGUGCUGUGGUCUAAGCCACUCAGCCUCUUGGGCUUGCUGAUCAGAAGGUUGGAGGUUCAAAUCCCCAUGACAAAUCCCCGUGAGUUCCUGUUGUUCUGUCCCUGCUCCUGCCAACCUAGCAGUUCAAAAGCACGGCAGUGCAAGUAGAUAAAUAGGUACCGUUCUGGCGGGAAGGUAAGCAGCAUUUCCAUGUGCUCUGGCUUCCGUCACAGUGUUCCAUUGCACCAGAAGAGGUUUAGUCAUGCUGGCCACAUGACCCGGAAAGCUGUCUGCGGACAAACACCGGCUCCCUCGGCCUAACCCUAACCCCAUAGUCAAAUUUGACUGGACUUAACCAUCCAGGAGUCCUUUACCUUUACCUUUACCUAUAGAGCAGUAUAUAAAUUCAAUUAACAACAACAACAACAACUGUGGCAGACUUUAAACACUCCUAAAGACCUGCCAAUUUAAACAGGCAUUUCAUUGCACGGUUAUGUUUUAUUGAUAUUUAAUAAUAAUAAUAAUAAUAAUAAUAAUAAUAAUAAUUUAUUAUUAUUUGUACCCCGCCCAUCUGGCUGGGUUUCCCCAGCCACUCUGGGCGGCUUCCAUAGAAACAAAAAAUACAGUAAAAUAUCACAGAUUAAAAACUUCCCUGAACAGGGCUGCCUUAAGAUGUCCUCUAAAUGUCAGGUAGUUAUUUAUCACUUUGACAUCUGAUGGGAGGGCAUUCCACAGGGCAGGCGCCACUACCGAGAAGGCCCUCUGCCUGGUUCCCUGUAGCUUUGCUUCUCGCAAUGAGGGAACCGCCAGAAGGCCCUCGGCGCUGGACCUUAGCGUCCGGGCAGAACGAUGGGGGUGGAGACGCUCCUUCAGGUAUACUGGGCCGGGGCCGUUUAGGGCUUUAAAGGUCAACACCAGCACUUUGAAUUGUGCUCGGAAACGUACUGGGAGCCAAUGUAGGUCUUUCAAGACCGGUGUUAAGUGGUCUCGGCGGCCGCCCCCAGUCACCAGUCUAGCUGCCGCAUUCUGGAUUAAUUGUAGUUUCCGGGUCACCUUCAAAGGUAGCCCCACGUAGAGCGCAUUGCAGUAGUCCAAGCGGGAGAUAACUAGAGCAUGCACCACUCUGGCGAGACAGUCUGCGGGCAGGUAGGGUCUCAGCCUGCAUACCAGGUGGAGUUGGUAGACAGCUGCCCUGGAUACAGAAUUGACCUGCGCCUCCAUGGACAGCUGUGAGUCCAAAAUGACUCCUGAAUGCUUUAUUGAUAACUUCUUUUUUUUAUUCAGGCAUUUCUUUGUAUUUUUGGUUUUAAAUGUAAAUACCUUUUUUCUUUUACUGGAUUUUAUAUAAACUCAUUAUGGACUUUGCAUAUUAAGCGGCAUAUAAGUAAUGAUCAUAAGGAUGAUGAGAGGUUGAGGAAGGCUGAUCUAGGCCAGGGGUCUGCAACCUUUAAGACAAAAAGAGCCACUUGGACCCGUUUCCAAAGAAAAAAACAACUGGGAGCCGCAAAACAAGCCAAAUGUAAAUAACCACACAUUCUUCCCCUUCCCCCAUUCUCUCUCUUUUCCCUGAGUCUAUUUCAGAUAGCAAAGAGGGGUAUGGUACCUCUCAUAUCCAUUUUUUGCAAAGCACCAUGUGCAUAGAGGGCAUUAUACAAAUUAAUACAUAGAAAAGUGUCUGUCCCUCCCUGCAGUUCAACUCCCUCUCUUUUUACUAACAGCACAUAUCCAUUCCUUCUGCUGGUGCAACUUUCUCAUCAUUUCUACAUAGCAGCAUUUAUAAACCAGUGCCAGAGAAACUGGGUGAAAGGAAGGUGAGAGGGAAGAGAUACGAAUAUUUAUGUGUGUAUAUGUAUACAUACAUACACCUACACAAUUACAGGUUUGAAGCCAACUUAAAAUAAAAAGAGCUGGUAAGCAAAGGAAUCUGUGGUGCUUUCCAUGGGAUCCGGGGACAUGUCAGCUAAUACUCUUCCCUUUCUUCUUCAUUUGCUUGUCUCUGCAGCAAAUCUCGGGGGGGAAGGGAGAAGGGCAGGAAUUGCAUAGGCACAAGAGAACGGGGGAAAUCCCGCAUGCAGGAUUUUGGUGCCUAACAGCCCCCCUCCCUCUGCAAUUGCUCUCGUGCUCCCCUGCCUCUCUCUGAGGCCGAGAUGCUGCAUCACAGCACCUGCUGGCUACCUCUGGACCCCCUCCUCGUCACUGACGUAAUUCACCCCUUCCUCCCUGACAGGGAGGGCGGGCCCAUUUUGUGGUUCACCUCAGGUGCUCUCCCUCAACUCGGCGGCCACUCAGAAGCAAGGCAUGGAAAAGGAUCCCGAAGCACCACCGCCACCCCUCACACACACACACACACACACACACACACAAAAACCCCGCCCUGCCAUUUCCCUCGAGAGCGCGUGCGCUCUCUCUCCCUCGCCUCAGGUGCCUCGCGCGUGGGGCUGAGGAGAGCGUGGCCUGGGAGAGCGUUCCCCCUCGCCACCGCCGCCGCCCGUCCUACCCCGGAGGAAGCUAUGAGCCAUGAAGCCGCCUGGCAGAACUUCCCUCCGGCGGCAGAAGCAGCAGCAGCAGCCCUUCUCCGGCCGCCGCCGCCUCUCGAGCUCCGCUGCCGCCGCCGCCUUGCUUUGCCCGGCUCGGCUGCCCAGCUCCAUCCCCCUCCUCUUUCUGGCGCUUCUACUUUUCUGCUCAGGGUCCCUGAGGAUCUGCGGAGCCGCGGCAAAGGUGUAAAAGAGCCGCAUGCGGCUCCGGAGCCGCGGGUUGCCGACCCCUGAUCUAGGCUGUUCUUAUUCACUAAACUAUUACUAGAGAGCGGAGGGAGGUAUUUUGUAAGGGCUAGAUGGGAAGAACCACGGAUCCAACGUGUGGAAGGAAAUCAGCCACUGGGGCUGCUCUGCGAAAACUUGCAGAGUUCUCUGGGUGCUAUAAUGGGCAGCUUCUAAGUCUGUUCUCAUGCUUUUGUUCAUGCAAGACAACAUGCCCAAGUGGAGAGCAUCACUGGAUCUUGUGCCACUGCUUUGCACAUUGCUCCAGCACAAGGUGGGAAACCACCCUUCCGUGAGUGGAACGCCUUCUGCAAUAUCUAACAUGCCACAUUUCAUUUGGAUCCAACCCAUGAACUUGGAAGACUAAGGGGAAACAAUAUACACGUGCCAUAAUGACCAUUAGUCUAGUGUCUAGAGUAAUCUAGAGCCAGCACAGUGUAGUGGUUAGGGUGUUGGACUAGGAUUUGAGAGUCCAGGGGGUUCAAAUCCCUACUUAGCCAUAGUGCUUCCUGGGUGACCUUGGACCAAUCGCUCCCUCUCACCCUAACCUACCUCACAGGGUUGUUGUGAGGAUAAGAGGGGGAAAGGGGGAACCAUGAGUGCCACCUGGAGCUCCUUAGAAGAAAUCUGGGAUAUAACUGAUAUAAAUAAAUAAGGUCAAUGAUCACAUUGGCUUUACUUUGUGCUUUAUUUAGUUAUUAAUGAAGAACCAUCUCUAUGCUCGCUACCUAUUUCAGAGCACUUCCUCAUUACACCAGGCCAGUUUUGAGCAGUAUAUUGCAAAAAAUAUAACUGUUAGCACUGGAAGAUUCACAAUAAUAGCUAGGGCUAGGUGUGAGAUGAUAAACAGAGCAAUCUCUGCAUCGGAUGGUAUUAAUUUUUGGUUGCCUUACUUGUAAAUGGCAUUACUAGCUGUAUUUGUUUUAUUCUUGUUCUUGUUUUAUGAUAUGUUGAUUAUUCAUUGUUUUGUGAUUGUGGGCUCAUCUAUACUGUUGGUUAAUGAGGUUAGUAAGUUCCCUGUACCUUCAUUAAUUCUCCAUUUUCCAUAGGACCUUCUCCUCUAAAUCACUGCCUUCUCAUACUUCCCUUCCCUCAAUACAGAUUUUCUCAUACAAGGGAUACUCCAAAAGGGAUUGGGAUUUAAGAAAGUCCAGAACAGAGGAGGGGAAAGUGUGGGAAGGCAGUGAUUUAGAGGAGAAUGGCAUACAAACAAUGAUGAAUUAAUAGAGGUACAGAAAGCCUCCUAUCCACAUUAAACAACUGUAUGGACAAGCCUGGUAUUUUAGUUUAUGCAAUUUGUCCUGAGAUUUUAGGGUGAAGGGUGGGUAAGAAAUACUGGAAAGAAAGAAGGUCAAAAACAUAUUAAUGCAAGAUAGAGUCAAGUAGUUGCACAACUAGCACAUUACUGAACUGAUUGCUCAGUUGCCCAUUGGUAAUCCAUUUUUCCAAUAUUGUACUCCAUUCAAAUGCACAGUUAAGGCCUCCCUGAGAAGCUUCUGCAUGGCUGGGAGAAUGUGCAAGAGCCUAUUGGAUGGAUCUGUUAAUGGAGAAUUGGUGUCGCAUGAAAAGAGCUGGUGCCCAUUAUGUGGGAAGACUCACAUAGCCAACCCCAUUCUGUUUCAUAUAUAUAGACACGGAAGGACCAAUGUGGAGAUCCUGCUGGUGCUUUUGCACCAUGCACAGCGCACCACUGCUUCUCCCUCCCCCCUCCACCUCAUUGUAAGCAGCAGCAGCAGUGCAACCGACUGGAGCUCAGGGGACCAUUGUCACCCCACCGCUAUUGCGGUCAGCUACAUUUGUGCAACCUGAAUUUUCUGGUAUGUGAUUGAAUCCUACCUGAAAACAGCAACUACAGUGGUACCUCGGGUUAAGAACUUAAUUCGUUCUGGAGGUCCGUUCUUAACCUGAAACUGUUCUUAGCCUGAGACACCACUUUAGCCACUUUAGCUAAUGGGGCCUCCCGCUGCUGCCGUGCCGCUGGAGCACGAUUUCUGUACACAUCCUGAAGCAAAGUUCUUAACACAAAGUACUAUUUCUGGGUUAGCGGAGUCUGUGACCUGAAGCGUCUGUAACCUGAAGCGUCUGUAACCUGAGGUACCAGUGUAUCUAGAAGCACCUUGAUUUACCCAUGAGCGCACAACAGUUUUUUCCAACCCUGAUAGGAACCUUCCCAGGCCCUGAAUAGCUGCAUGAAAAGUGGAAAGUAUUUACUAUCAUAGAAUCAUAGAAUUGUAAAGUUGGAAGGGACUGUGAAGACCAUGUAAUCCAUGGGUAGGCAAACUAAGGCCCAGGGGCCGGAUUCAGCCCAAUCACCUUCUAAAUCCGGCCCGCGGAUGGUCUGGGAAUCAGCAUGUUUUUACAUGAGCAGAAUGUGUGCUUUUAUUUAAAAUGCAUCUCUGGAUUAUUUGUGGGGCAUAGGAAUUCAUUCAUUAUGUUUUUUCAGAAUAUAGUCCGGCCCCCCCAGAAGGUCUGAGGGACAGUGGACCGGCCCCCUGCUGAAAAAGUUUGCUGACCCCUGGUCUAAUCCAAUCCAAUCUAUUGCCCAAUGUGGGGCUUGAACCCACGACCCUGAGAUUAUGAAUCUCAUGCUCUACCAACUGAGCUAGACUAUACUAUGAAUUAACCUUACUGGAAACCAUAGAAAUCAUAGAAUUGCAGAGUCGGAAGGGAUCCUGAGCACCCCCUGCAAUGCAGGGAUAUGCAGUUGUCCCAUACAGGGAUCGAACCUGUAACCUUGGCAUUAUUAGCACCACACUCUAACCAACUGAGCUAGAGCAGGAGAAGAGUUGAAUCUCUGCUUGUUGCACAGCACAGGAGUCAUGCCACAGAAUGAACCCAGCAAACUUACAAACUUGUACCCGCUGGUCCAAGAGAAAUCAUUAGUCUACCUUAGUCGAUAACAAGCACCAGAGGAAUAAGGCUGCCAAAUGACCAGAAAAGGGGUCUGGCAUUCUCUUGUGCUUCUAAUUUCAGUAUCGUGUAUGGGAACACAGCCUUGUUGCUGUUAAAGGCAGUGCCACGGUGGCUGGUUUAAAACUUGGCAACCCUGCAGACAGAGAGUAGCUCAUGAGUGAGACCAACAACAGCACCUGCUAUGCUACAUUUGGGCACCCCCUGGAAAUGCAUUCCCCCAAAAUAAUCCGAGAGGAAAUGCUUCAACUUUUUUGAGACAGGCUCUGAAUGUUGCCGGCACCUUGGCUUGCACUUGAAAAAGUUGUGGGAAUGAUGUGAUUUGAGAUUAAAAGCAAUAAUUUAUUAAGAUGCUCCAGAGAGAUGCACGAGGAAAGCUUAUCCCGUGGAGAACUGAACGGAUUCAACUCUCACAGCUUCCGCAGCACCAGAAGUAAUUAAUUAUCGCAUCGCAGAAACUUGCUUGACACCAUGUUGGACCAGGCUCAACAUUAUGCUGGCAAGCAUUAUCUGAUGAUUUGCAAAACAAGUCAGGCCUCUUCUUUGGUUACCAUUUCCCAAAGGCCACAUCUGCCGGUGGUGUAAAUCAAGAGCAGCUUUCCCUUUCUUUGAACGGAGCAUGAAAAAAGACCGAAAAAUGAGGAUCUGUCCCACACCUCUGUUCAGUCUAGCUUGACUAUCAGCCCCCAGUUCUGUAUGCUUUCAUACACAAUCGCAGAUCUCCUGGGCAAAUUGUUCAGAAAUUUCAGCAUGUUUUCUAUCCCUAGGCUAUUAAUUGUGAUGACACAUUAAGAGAUAAGGGAGCAUUAAUUUUGGGAGGAUAGUUUCAUCCCUCUGCAGAUGAGAGAUAUACAACAGAAACCUGCUUUGAUUGGCAAACUGAAGUAAGGGGUAAAGAGGUGUGUAAGUUCCUACGCUGUUGGAGUGCCGAGUCUCCCUUAUCUCCUGAAGAAGGGAGGCACCAGCAGUGAUCAAAUUGCCAAGUAGGGAAGAGAAGAUUCUGGGGAAUGCAUAGGCUUGAGCCGUAUGAAUGAGACAAAAGAACGGAAUGUUCUUUGUUAUUUAUCAUUUCUUUUGAACGUGCUGCCGCUCCCUUCUUCUGAAGCGCAGAGGUUGUUCGAAGUUUGCAGCUGGGAAACUUUCCUAAAAGCAAGCUGGUGGUUGACUCCCUCAACAGUGACAAGGAAACAAAACAAAUGUGCCUCAGCCUCUGAUGCCAAGUUGACCAGCCACAUUGGGGGAAAAAGAUCAGGAAACGGACCUGUGAUAUGUGACAAAGGACACCAACGUGGCAUCUGUAGCACAGAGGAAGUCCUUCAUUGGCACACCUGAGCUCCAAACUCUGAGGUGUUUUUUUAAAGUCAUCUAGAGAGAGAGUCAUCCUAGAAAGAAAGUUAUGAAGCAAAAUCACCCUUCUCAGUGAUUUCUGCAAAAUGAGCCCAUCCUGGUUGCUCCCACCUGUUGAAGGUUUUGGCUUCAGAUAUGGGUGGUUUGGCAGUUAGCAUUUGCUCAUGUGGUGGUUUAGGCAUUGGGCAGACAUAGUGUUGGACGGAGGAAAGGUUGUAGUCUCCGCCUGGUCCCUCCAAAAAUGAGAUAGCCCAUUAAAGGGAUCCAGGGGAGAUGCUUCUGUCUGGAUGUCCAGGUGUGGGUGUGGGGCCACAACACUCCACAGGUGCAAUCCAGUGGGGGAGUUACUCCUUGAUGUAGGUCAGGCACUUCCCCACUUCUAGUUGAACCCAAUGUAAGUCCUUCUGGCAGGCUAGCCAGAAGUCGUGGGUUCUACUUCUGUAGUCCAUAAAGAUGUGGCCUGAUUUUACACAAAAUAAUAGUUGUCAUGCCUUUGGUAUGGGGAGGUCUAAAGGGCAGGGGGGACGCCUUGUCACACAAGUUAGUUGUUUGGAAAUCAGGAGAUAAGAAUCCCUGGGAUCCUAAAGAGCUAUUUCCCCCUUCUCUUUAGUGUACAUUUCCUGCUUCUCUCUUAUUUUCUAAUAGCCUUUGGAAUAUCUAUUAUUUGCUUUUCCAUUUUUCAUAGCAACCAGGAUGUAUCUUUCCUGUGGUGGUCUCGUUUGAGAUCAGGUACUCCCUACACAUUAUUUGCUGCAAAUACUGCUAUGCAGUAAACUAAGGAAUCCUGUGCCCAAAUGGCAAAUGCACAGUGUGAAAAUUUAGCAAAAGGGCUUGAGCAUGUCUCAGCUGUGCAGGACCUAAAGCCAGGCACUCAUUAAGAAUCCUCUACAUAUCUCACUUACAGAAUAACGAUAGACAUGCUGCACUUUUCUGGGGAACAAGCCCCUCUUGAAAUGACCAUGCUGUAAGAUCUGGACUCCCUCCACACAGACUGAAGGUGUAAAUGGGUGAAUAAAUCAUAUUUCUUAAAGCUACGACAGUCUCCACUGUGUCUUCAAUUCUCCAAAAGAGCACAAACCCUGGGUGAGCUUCUGGAACCCCCUGGAAUCUUGCUGCCACUCGGCAUUACCAGCCUGGGUAGGGGCUGAGAGAUUGGUUCUUCAACAUCUUAGGACAUGUUUUCCACCGGAUUUUGAUGAACACCAGUUCGGUUACAGGAGAAAUAGGUCAACAGACGAAGCCAUACCCACAGCUUUUCACCUUGCAGCGAGUCAUCUGGAGAGACCAGGGAAUUAAUGCUAUUUAUUGAUUAUAGCUCAGCUUUUAAUGCCAUCCUUCCGGACAUUCUUAUUAAAAAGCUGAUGGACCUGGACCUUUCCCCUACCAUCUGUGAUUGGAUUAAAGACUUUCUGAGGGAUCGCACACAAAUAGUGAGGAUUGGGCCUGUUACAACUACCUCUCUGAAGCUCAUCACUGGCAUCCCACAGGGAUGCAUGCUGAGUCCCUACCUGUACUUGUUGUAUACAUAUGACUGCAUUUCAUCUGAUCCAUCCACUGCAGUUAUUAAGUUUGCAGAUGAUAUCACUAUAAUGGGUCUAAUUACAGGUGGAGAUGAAUCAGCGUAUAGGGAGGAGGUUCAAAAAGUCUCCACAUGUUGCCUAGAGAACAACUUGCACCUAAAUAUCAGCAAGACAAAGGAGAUGGUGUUGGACUUUCGGAGGAAGAGAGAGGAACUAGCCCCAUUGUAUAUCAGGGAUAUGUGUGUGGAGAGAGUCUCUUCCUUUAAAUUCCUGGGAGUUUGCCUUAGUGAAGACCUCACUUGGAAAAUCAAUACAACCCAGGUGGUUAGGAAGGCCCAACAGAGACUCCAUUUCCUCAGGGUCUUGCGAAAGAACAAUGUCAAACAAAAAUUGAUUAUCUCCUUCUACUGGGCCACAAUAGAAAGUGUCCUUUCAUACUGCAACAGUGUGGUACGCUGGUUUGACAGCCAUGGACAGGAAGUCCCUACAGAGGGUGACGAAUACAGCAUAUGACAUCAUGGGCUGUCCUCAGAGUUCGCUAGAUGACAUCACGGGAGACUGCUGCCUCAGGAGAGCAAGGAAAAUUCUUAGGGAUGACUCACCCCCUGGCCAACACUUCUUUCAUCUCCUACCUUCGGGGAGGAGAUACAGAAGUACAGUCAGCCGCACCAACAGGUUAAAGAACAGUUUUUAUCCGUGGGCUGUUGGGCUGCUGAAUGGGAAAAAAUAGUGGUGUAAUUGACUUCCGACAAGCACACAGAGCAUGAACAAGACUGAGUGUAUGGGGGGAGGGGGGCUUGUUUAAUUUCAAUGCACACAGGUGGUGUAAUGACAAUAAAGGUUUAUUAUUAUUAUUAUUAUUAUUAUUAUUAGAAUUGGGGACCUUAUGGAUGAAACCAUGGCAAAAUCAAGGGUCAAGAUCCUGCCUUGCUUUCAAUGAUGGAUAUGGAGCCUUCUGAGUUGUGGAUGCAGCUUGGCAUAAUGUGAUUGCCUUUCAGAGACCAAAUAUCAGUCGUGUGUGUGUUUUGGGGUGUGUGUGUUUUUCACUGUCCUAAAGAGCUUGCAGCUUCAGAAAGUGGGACUGUCCACCACCAUAUCCCACCGCCAGCAGCUGUCCAUGCUGCAAAUGUUUCAUUUUAUAUUCAGGAGAAGGAAAAACAAAAACAAAGGGAAAAACAGUUCCAUCUCUGGUUUUAUUCUGCAUUAUUUAUAAGAAAGUCAUUGUAGUUUUCUUUCUGUGCAGGGAAAAUAUAGAAAAAAGGCGGGGGACUCUUGUUUACCUCCUGGGAUUGUUUUCCUCCCCCUGAUUAUAUUAGCAGAAAUGAGAUUUGGCCAAGCCUGUUCUGUUAUGCCCUCACCUGUGCUGCUGCAGAGUGUCAGAUCUUGAAAUCAGAACUUCUGAGAACGUGGGAAAGGCUAAUAAAUAAACCCUUUUGGCUCCAGGUUACAGAGCCAAGAGAUGGUCCGGGUGUGCAGCCUAAUAGGGGGUCAGGGUGGUUUUCGUCAUAUCACAGUGAAGCCUGCCAAGGUUUAUUUAUUUGUUUAAGAAUAAAUCAAAAGAGGCAAUGAGGUGUAGUCGUUAAGAGUGUUAGACUAGAACCUGAGAGACCAGGGUUCGAAUCUCCAUUUAGCCAUGAACAGCAUUUGAGACUACCAUUGUUCUAGGCGCAUUUUACGACAGGGAAUUUUAUUAGCUUGAGCAGUUUCUGAGCUCUGGGCACAGUAUUACGCCUAAGAUUUCAGUACAAGGAAAGGAGGACCUUUUCCUGCCUCCCCACUUCCAGCUACUCUCUGAAGACUGGAGAAGAGACCCUCUUAAGAAUAUUAGGGGGCUGGGCAGGUGAAGGAGUAGACCAUGUAAAAAAUGAACAUAAUAUUUUAGCUGCCGUUCAUACAUUUUCAGCUUUGUAUUCUUGUUAUAUUAAAAAGUGCCCCUCGACAUUCCAUUGUUGUGCCCAUUUAAGGUGCCAUUUAGCUCCUAGCUUUCAUAUCUCAGUUUCUAAAAUUGGCCAAGAAGCCCAUUGGGUGACUCUGGGCCAGUCAGCCACUCUCAGCCCCACUUACCUAAUGGGGCUGCUGUGAAGAUAAAAUAGGGAGGGGGAACCACCUUGAGCUCAAAUGUGGAAAGGUGGGAUGCAUAUUUAAUAAAUAAACAAGCUAAAGCUUUCUAUUCAUCUGCAGCAUCACACACAAACCCGAGGUACCACUGUAAAGCCAAAAUCGAGUCUAGUCAAAACACCCUGGGUUCAGUGGUAGGUGGGAUGGUGUUUUUCCUGAAUGCCUAUCCAUUUCCUGCCCCCUUUUAAAUAUUUAACAAAAAGUUUUGCGAAGCAUGUAAAGCUGAAUGUGCACAGGCUAAAUGUGUGCAAGUUGCGAGUUACCUGUAUGGUGAAGGCACCUGCCUGAUGUCACAAGAGCAUGCCAGCUAGCAAUCACACAGUUCAAAGUUGGAGUUAACCCUUUAUUAAAAUGAUCUCCACAGACUUGGCUGAGUAUCAGGCCUAAUGAGUCACUCCAUGACAGUCAGUUGCCAAGACUCGAUUUUGGCUUUACAGUGGUACCUCGGGUUACAUUACCUUCGGGUAAUGUAAUUUUGAGUUAUGAAUGCAGCAAUUCUAAUUGCCGCACACAGAUGUGCAGAAGCGCUCUAUUGCGCCGUACGCAUGCGCAGAAGCAGCAGCUCUGGAUACGGACUUUUUGGGAUAAGUAUGCACCCCUGGGAUGAAUUAAGUCCGUAUCCGGAGGGUCCACUGUAUACUAUCACCAGAACAUAUCCCCAUUGUAAGUGGAGAGUCACCUGUGCUAUUUUUGUUAUCUGCUAAAAACCAUUUUCUUUAAGCAAGCCUAUCCAGACACGUAGUACCUUGACAUAUGUUUUAAUCUGGUUUUAACUUAUUGUUGGUUUUAAUUAUUAUUACUGAAUGUUUUUAAAUACUGGUUUUUAACUGAUCAUUUUAGUGUUUUCUUUGUGUAAAUAUGCUUUGAGAUUUUAUUAGAAUUAAGUGGUGCAUAAAUGCUGUGGUCUAAUUAACUAACUAAAAUUAUAUUGUUGUAACCCACCGUGGGCCUUACGGUAAAGGGUGGGAAAGAAAUCUUGUAAAUAAAAUAAAAUAACAUCUAGCUGGCUUGCAGAAUGAUUGGUUGACUAUUAUCAGUAUAAGAGAUGCUCAUUAUUAUAGGGAUUAUUACUAUUAUUUAUUUCAUUCUAUACCGCUUUAUAUUUUUAAGAAAAAUCUCAAAGCAGUUUACAGCAUAUUAAAACAUCAGUAAAACAAUCCAGAAUCAAACAUUUCUGAAGAAAGUCAAAUAUAGAGUAUACAGUCAAAGCAACAUAAUUAACAGAAAAUUAACAGAAAACUAAAAUAUUAUCUUAAAGAUUUCAAAAUAAAACAUUACAAAGGACGUCAACUGCAGAAUACAUAUUGAACACAAACAAAGGGAUGGGAGGGUGGGAAUUCAAUUCAGUUCUCAUUUAAAAGUGAUGUUACUUAAUUUGCACUUUUCAAGACAGUAUGCAAACCAAAACACAGCCAUCUUUCAGAAUUCACCUUUCUCCAAAAUUUUGCAGUGCAGGUCCCCAGCCUAUAAAUACAUACAAAAAUGAAUAUGCUGGUGUAAAGUAUGCACAAAAUGCAUUUAUUAAUGAAAAUAACAGGUGAAACGCAUUAGAUUUGGGGACGUUGCUUUGCAAAAACAUGCCUAUCAUGCAAAACUGCAUACAGAAGUAUGGUAAAUAUUGCCCUCAGGUACUGAAGCAUUUUCACAAGGCCUUUUUAGUUUUAAUUUUAAAAAUUGCAAGCUGAUGUGAAAAUGUGGAGAACUGAAGACUGGAAAAACGAGGAACUGACCCUGACAGAAUUCUGACCCUGCCCAUUCACUAAUUCAUAAAUAGAGCAAUUGUAUUCUGACUCUCUUCUUUGCUCCCUCCUUCUCUCUCUUUUUUUUACAUUGUAGGUUAGCCUGAGGAGAAGGAUUAAGAAACUGGCUACCAAGAUGGUAAUCACUAGUGGAAAUGAAGAAGAAAAAGGCAACCAGGAAAAGGAGAGCAAAGAGGAGUCCAUCCUGGCAAUGCUGGGCAUUAUCGGGACAAUCCUGAACCUCGUCGUGAUCAUUUUUGUGUACAUCUACACGACAUUGUGA